GGGUAAAACAGACCCAGCAGCAGCAGCAGCAGCAGGCAGGCUGUGCUUUUAAAAGACCCGAGGAGACUAUAAAAGUGCUUUCAUGCCCGCUGCAGGAGAGACUCAGCUCGAUAUGCAAGCGAACAAACAGAGGAGGGCUGAGCAGACAGAGUAGAUAGACGGGUUGAGGUAGAUUAGAGCAGCAUUGGUGUUUUUAAUUCAGUUUAGUUUAUCAAUACGGGAUAUUUAACUCAAAAAAGUAGAGUCAGACUUCUUUUUGGUACGAAUAGGAUGUGCGCCUUUUCCAGCCGACCCAGUACCGUGUGACACAAUCCCACCCCCCCACACACCGAGCUGGAUUCACUAACCGGUCUGCUUUCUAACCGGGGGAAGUCGGGCUCAUUCAAACUUUUCUGGCUGUACUUUUGAUGCCACGGAAAUGGGAGCGCGCCAACCGGAGAGCGUGUCCUCGCUGUGCAGAAAAAGUUUGCUUUGGACCGUGCUGAUCCUCUGCCUCAGCACAUUUGUGGACGGGACCUGGAAGACGGGACUUUACAAAACCUACUCAACCGGGACUGUAACCUCUCACACCUCAGUCUAUCAGAAAAGGUAAGGGGAACCACUUUAUUGUCACUUUAUGAUAUAUUGAAAGUCUUUUCAUAACGCACUGAAAUCUCUUUUAUGCACAGUAUGUCUUCAUUUACCUUUACCCUAAAGAGUCACUUAUUGUAUUUUUAAUUUCAUGCAUGACCCUGCAGAGCUAUUCCCAUCCUCAUCCAUCCACCAUGUCCCAUUGUCUUCCUGACAGUUUGUUUCCUUUUUCCUGUGCUGGCAGCACACUUUGCUUUGUCGACUCCCAUCCUCAUUGUUGUCCCCAAGCUCACCCACCUCCCCUCGGUUCGGCUCCUUCUGAGCACCUCCUUAGUCUCUGCGUGAGGUGUGCAGGGUGCACCAUCUCACCUGCAGCAGAAAAUAUGCAUUUACCUCUAACACCACUAAGAUGCAUGUUUGAGAAUCUGCAUUUUGACUUCACAUAACCAUCUCUACCUCUUGCACGGAGACCAUCAAUAAGACCAUUCCCCUCAUACAAAUAUUUAUCUUUUAGGUUAUAAGUGUGUGCAGCCUGAGACCCCCUUUGCUUUCAUGAGACCCCUUUCAGGUGGCUCUCAGUCCUCCCCUGGCUCAUUGCCCCGCUCAGAUCCCCCUGUCACUCGCGGUCAAAGGUUUGUGGAUGUGUUUACUAAACACAUGCAGCUGGGACUCGACCACAUCUGGGCUUGUUGUGGGAAAGGUGGAGGAGUUUACAGUUGGUGCGCCGCAGGAUGAGACAGAGUUGAAGCUGCUGUCGGUGCAUUAGAGGUCAGCGGGUUUGAGGGGGUUCGGUGUCAUCGUCCACCUGCUGUUGUCUGGCCUAGAAGUGGGAGUUUAUAGAGUGUCAACAAUGCCGAACAGUGGCGGUGAGUUUUGGAGUGAAGAAUGUUCUCCCAUGAGCACUUGCAGCUUUGUAUUCAAAGACAGAAACUUGUCAUUGAAAGGAAGUGAAUCUGAAUUUUAGACAAAGAAUUCCAUCACAAGAAAACCUUCAACAAGAAUGUCUUUCUCUGUCUUCACACAGUGAUUAUCCAAACCAAAGGGAUUAGCAGCUCCUGGGUAAUUUCUCUUCUGUGGUGGAGCUGAUAAAGUGUUCCCUCACCCCUGUCCUUCUUAACAACUGUAUGAGCUCGGUACAUUGACGGGUUAAAGAGGUAGCUGCUUCUUCAUUUCUCGUCUCGCCCGCUUCUUUAUCCUCCUCUUCAGAGGACUUGUCAUGGUCUGACAGGCAGUCUGAACCCUGUGGCCACCCUCAUUCCUCACCCAUCAUAACCGUGUCCACGCUUUCUUUGCAUAUGGGGAUGAAUACGGCAGAGAUUCCAGGAGGCUGAGUCCUGAGUGGCUUAAAGCAGAAUGGAUUUAGAUCCAGACGUUCAAAGAGCUUCAGUUAAUGUAUGCUCUCAAGGACAUUUUUCACAGAUAUUAGGAGGCACUGCUCCUUUAAUAAUCAUCUGGUGGGUGAAAAAUAUUUAUUUAUCUGGGCUAGUCUCAAGGAAUUAAACCAGAGACCCUCAAAGAGCUGCAAAGAAUCAACAAAUAUCAACAAAAACAUUUAUUUUGAGUUUUAAGGAGCAUUUACUGCUUUUCCUAUUUUCUUUUCAGUUGUAGCUCGACAUUUUUGAUGAAAACAAGCUUCAAAAAAUCGUUGCAGCAUAUCCUCUUCAAGUGAGUUUGAGAAAAUUACCCUGAGAGAUCACGAGAGAGAGACAUGAGGACCACACUACAUCAGUCCUGGCUUCCUGUCAGUUUCAGAAUCCAGCUCAAGAUUUGACUACUUGUUUCCAAAACUUUGCAUUGGCCGGCACCGUCAUAACAAUCUGAGCUGUUGCACCAACACGCUCGAGUCAAAGCACCGAGGUCAACACAUCAGAUGCUCCUGGAGACUUCAAGAUCCAAGCUCAACAAAACUGAUUUUUCUGCAGUGGCUGCUCAUAUUCUUUGGACAUGUCAAGUCUAUAGCUAGGGCUGGGUGAUAAAAUGAUAAUAUCAAAAAUUAAUUUCCCUUGAUAUCAGUAUGAAACAUGGUCAAUAUGCUUUUCGAUAGCCAGCAUUCUGCCAUGUUUUGGUAGAUGAUACGAAUAAUGAAAAGGGGAGUUUCUCCGGGUCGCGCUGCGCUGUCGUGUCCUGAAUUAGAAGCAAGUAGCAAACAACUGCGUAGUAUCAGGCUGCAGCUACACGUAACCAUAACACCUUAACACAUGAAGCCUACAGAACUGUCGGUGAGAAAACAAGAAAAUGAGCACUACCCCAGACAGAUGGCGACACUGUCGACAACACUGCCAGGAAAACAUCGGUGGUGUAGAGCUAUUUUGGCUUUUUGAGGUCAGACAUGAAGCAGAGUCAAGUCGUGAUUAUCGUGAUUAGAGCUGCAGCUAUCAAAUAUUCUAGUAAUCGAGUAUUCUACCGAAUAUUCUAUUGAUGACUUGAGUAAUUGGACCCAAACCUCAGACUCAUAUAAAGUUAGAUUUCCUAUAGCCCCGCAAUGAAGGCCAGAUUCUGAGAAAUAGAGGACAAUCGCGGAACAAGCGUGUGCGUUAGCGGAUUGCAAUGCUCGUAAGAAAGCUAAUUAUGAUAUUAACUUUCAUCAUGUCUCUAAAGACAAUAAUUCGCCGGGGGGUCUGAAAAGUCGCUAAAGUCGCUAGGUUGGCAACACUGCAUGAAAAGCCCCUCUCAUCAUUAAUUUUUUCUGCUCUGCAAAACCUAAACAGCGCUUACUUCUUCUUCUAUCGUGGUGACGUAAGCGCAUUGUGUCACCUUCAAAAGAAUCCGUACGAAACAGUGACGAUUCGAGCUUAUAAACGAGAACUCGAGGCAGAGAAAACUCCUCGAUCAUUAUUUGUAAUCGAAGUACUCGAGGUAUUCGAGGAAUCAUUUCAGCCCUAAUCGUGAUAAACUUUUUCCCAUAUCGCCCAGCCCUAUCUAUAUCUGUUCAUACAAGGACGGUCUGGACCCUUGAACGUUUAAAACCAUUGUUUAGUAGAACUCAUGUCUUUGCAUUAGCUUGUGAUUCUUCUUGUUUAAAAUACUGUAAAUAAACCCUGACUGGGCCUGUGUGCAGCUGACCAGUCCAGUCAGAGUUUCCUGCAGGUGAUCAGCUCAGAUCUACAUGAUUGAUCAUGACAGAGUCCUGGACGUGAUAAUGUUCAACCCUUCAGUCAGGGGGAAUCCAUUUUUUACGUCCAUCUUUUAACGGUUGAAGCAGCAAACAGCUGUCACACGCAGACACACUUAAGGCUCAGAGGUUUCCAUGCCUGAGAGCUCAAACAGACAGAGACAAAUGAGGCUUUUCCUUGUUCCUCUGAGGCUGCUGUGAGGAGGCACUUAGCCAUGACCUCUAAAGACCUUCUGCUUUUGAUGAUCUUCACUGUCCUCCAUGUGUGGAAGAAAACACACUUCAUCAUCGGCCCAGAAACUCUUUUACGUUUUAAAAUCCUUCAAUAAAAACGGAGCAGAUACCCUUACACCCCUCUUCUCUCCCAGACCACCUGAUUCCUCCUUUUUCUGUCAGGAGCUGCAGAUUAUGAUUUCAGGAAUGUCCUACUCUUCUCUUUUCAUUAAUUUCACUGUGACUGCACUCUCUUUUUCCCUCUUUGUCAUGUGUUGUUGCACCACAUUUAUCUUCUCCCUCUUUUAUGUCCUGUGGGACCUGCGGUGCUUCAUAACCGUCUUUACUUUCACUUUUAUGUCCCCAUUCAAAGUUCCCCUUAUGUGACCACCUAAUUAUCCAAUCACCAUUGUUUUUUUCUCCUCUCUUCUGGCUUUUGGCCGCUUUCGUCUUUUGUCCUUUGUAUUUUUUCCCACACAGAGAGAAAUUCCUCCAGAUUUCUGCAUUUCAAACAUAUCUUUGAAUGUUUGGCCCUUUUCCUCCUCCCCCUACAUGAAUGGUUGGGUGGCAGGAAAGGGAGUAACGUGAAUGUUUCUCAUCAGAGGUUUGCCCUCUUGUCAGUUCCCACAGCUAAACCCGAGCUGCUUCCUCCUGUGCUUCUGCGGAAGGUGCGCUGACUCUGUCGUUUGGUCAUGAAAGAUGCAGAAUGCAGAGCUUACAAGGCGAAAUAAGGCCGAUCUCUGUAACUACAAGAGAGCAAUUUAUUUUUAGAGGAGAGAGAUUAAAGGGAAAGCGACUAAAAGUUUCUUAUUUUAGAUCUGUAAAUCAGAGAGUUUAAGGGUCUGACUAAGGUAGAAGUAGAAACGCUUGCUGAUAUAAUCAUAAACGUCUACUUUGAGGUUUUGAAGUGCCGCUCUCAGCCUUUAAACCUCCUGUUUGAAUUUUUUAACUCUUGUUUUUUUUUUAUUCCUGUUUCUCUGUCGCAGCGUUCGCAGCACGGAGGAACAGAUGGGACAAAGCUGUGAUGUGUCUGUCCCUCAAAGAUUGUGUUUCUUUCUCGACUGUCUGCUGCUGCUGCUGCCGCCGUGUGCGACGUCUAGAGAUGGUUGAUGAUUUAUUUAGCUUGGGGAUCAGCGCUCCGAAUGUGCCAUGUGUGCUUAGAGACCUGAUACUCUCUGAGGGCCCGCCUGGUGCUUUUGCCUGUGAAACAGCGUGGUGCUGGCGGGUUUCACACUUCAUAACACCGGGACGCCUCCAGUAAGAGGAAGGUGUUGAUAAUGAAACGUUUUAGAGUGAAAGACGGAGUGCACCGAGCACCUGUGGCCCUUUAUGAUUAAAUCCAGACUAAAUUCAAUGGACCAUUGUGUUGUCCGUCUUUGCCUCAGGCUUGUAAGUGAGACAGAUUUCUAAUCACUUCCCAGAGAAGAUAAUAACAUUACCUGUACCCAGUCAAUGAAAUCAUCCUUCAAAGGUCUGUCCUCUUCUAUCUAGAUCCUCAAAAUAUUGAUUUUGCGGACUUGUUUUUAUAUAACAUAUCAAGUCUAAAUGAGUUUUGGUGAGAUAUGCAGGUCACUCAGGUUUUAGUUUCAAGCCGAUUGUGAAAUUGUAAACUUUCUUUUGUUAUUUCAUUCACUGGGGCAGCAGCGAUUGGCAUUUCCUCUUUGGUAAUUGCAUAAGUGCAAUGCAAAGAGAGAGGGAGAGACCAUAAAACCCACCCCCACUUCCUUCUUCAUACCCCCUGGUGAACAUCUUAGCUGUUCCCAGGUGAAACCUCCUCCCGGCCUGGGAAACUCAGAUGUUUAUCUGUUGGGUCUGGAGGAUAAGUGGCGGGGAGGAGUUAGGGUUCAUACUCCCCACCUCCCCUCACCCACAGCUUUACCUGACCACAGCUCCUUCAAUGUCUGAAACUUUCCACCCAUGGCAAGAGUGUUUUUUUCUGGUGAAGGGAAAGUAAUCAUGGUGUAAUCAGAAAGAUCUGUCUCCAUUUUUGGGUGGUCUUCUGGCCUAAUGGAUAUCCUCAGGUACAUAUUUUAAACAUAUCCGAAUCAUACAUGUCUCAUUUUUGAACCCAUUUUCCAAACUGUGGAUGUGAAAUAUCUUUUGUAGAUUUGUAGUGAUUUUAGCUUGAUUUCUCUAUAGUCCACAAAGGGUUAUCAGUUAUUCUCAAACUUAUCAGAGGACUCAUGUAUCAUGAAUCUCAGUUUUUCAACCCUGAAGUGCUUCAUCAGAGUCCAGCUCAGGGAAUAAGGGGACUUCCACUGGAGAAGGAUCAGCCUCCGAGCUAACAAAGUUACACAUUCUGUUAUUCCGAGAUUGGUUCCCUAAAAGAGUCUGUUUUUUUUCUCCAGCUUUGCCAAAGAUAGCAAUCGCAGGAUCAGUUUGGACUCCUAAAUCGAAAAUAUCAGAUAUUGUUUGGAAGUCUGAGCUCCAGUAAGUGGAGAGGCUGGGGCAGUAGCAGAAUGAGUCUGCUGAGGAGGCAGGAAAGUCGAUAUCUGAGAGUAACUUAGGGAGUUUGACCUUUGAGAAAUAAAGGAAAUGCUGCUUUCUUUUUGUUAAUCUCUGAAGAACACUCCGCCAGACUCUAACGUAAUCUGUUUGACCUGCAUUUUAGAAAAUAAACCAUUAUUUCUGAAGGUUAAACGAUUAUUUCAUGAAUGUUGUUGAGGGUGUUUUUUCUUUUCUCCGCUCAGGACUCGGUGUGCGACGGCCACCACAUGUGCGGUUUGUUAACAGGAGCAGUUGGGGGCUGCUUGGCAUCCCCCGCCUUUGGCAGUUUCCUUUAGUGUAAAUGGUCUCAGAAACCCACCCACCCACAUACACACACACACACACACACAUACAAACAUAUGGUCUUGCAUAUUGACAAACAGACUCCAGUGGGAUACACCCCCCUCUCUUCUCUUGUGAACACAUUGGCACCAGAACACACAAAGUGUAGUUUUGAGCUAUGAGCCACACGGUCCUCUUUGUUUCUGCAUAAAGCCUCUUUUCUGUACACCUUUUGAUUGGAUAAACACACAGCCUAUAGCAGCAGUUUUCUACAGUUCUCAUCUCCAUAUGCAGCUAAUCUGUUUGUUUGUGCACUUCAUCACUAGAAUAUAACAUAUAAUAUCCUGAACAGCUUCAAGAAGUUAUCCAGGUCUCCAAAUUUGUGAAGAGUAAGUCUGCACUAGGGCUGGGCGAUAAACCGAAAAUUUACAGAUUCAGAAAUUUACGACAAUAACCAAUGUCAUUUUGCCCGUGUCAAUAUAUUUGGUGUCAAAAAAGUAAAUAAAUAAAAUAGGGUGAUCAUUUGCCCUCUUUUUUUACCUGGACAUGUCCUCUUUUUUAGGGACUGUCCAGGAUUUUGUGUGGAAGUUUCGACUAUGUGUCAUGUGGACUUACUGAGUUGAAAGCGCGUAGAGGACACUCAAUCCGACCCGAAAAACUCUCAAGAUUAACUAUGUGCAACUCUGUGACUUCGCCGCUGUGUAGACGUGUCCUCUUUUGGGGAUUUGGAAUAUGGUCACCCUACAUAAAAGUUGGUUUUGAUGUGUGUAGGCUAUGGUCGCAUGUCUCUUGCCCGAAGCUGCUCGCCCCCUCCAAAAUUGACUUUGUCUACUUCAGCCCCUCCAUCUCCUCACCUGUCUUUACCUCUUUGUUACAGACUGGAUGGGGUGGAGUCACGUUUUCGAUGUAGGACAGCGUCGUAAAGGGACAUGAGACCAUAGCCUACCUACACAUCCAAAACCAACUCUAUUUAUUUAUUUAUUUUGACACUAAUACGGGCAAAAUGACGUUGAUUAUUGUUGUCAAUUUCAGUAUUGGUAAAUUUCCGGUUUGUCGCCCAGCCCUAAGGUGAAUUGCUUAAUAUAUUGUGAUAUUAAUUGGAGGCCAUAUCGCCCAGCCCUACUCUGCACUCUGCAGAUAUUUCCACCAUGCCGGAAAGAUCUCUGAGCUUUUAUGGAAGAGUUAAGAAAACUAAUUAACCCUUGGCCUUUACAUAAUCUUCUGCUUCUUACCUGCAUUUUCUCCUGUUUGAAAUCACUGCAACUAGCUUUACAGGCUGCUUGAAUAACUCGAGUGAGAGUGUAAGUAGGAACACUUGACUCUCUCAUGCUCUCAAUGAUCGUUUCCCCGCUAUAAGAUCUUAACCUCUGACCUUUGCAGAAGCUUUCCCCACAAGGAGGCCCGCUUCAUAAAAGCCUCAGAAAGUCCUGCUGCUGAUGUCUGAGGAAGAAGAAAGGGAGUGGACUCCUGACCCAGCAUUAACCCGUGAUGAAAAACUCUAAUCCACACAGGACUUGGUCUUCCUCUCCCUUCCCCUCUCAGGACUUUACCUCCUUCGAGAGACAAAUGCAAACGGAUGUGUACUGAUAGCAUGACCUCAGUGUAAAUACAGCCCACAAUGCACUCCCGCAAAUCUCACGGCUGAUUAAAAGCGUGUAAACACAAUAAAGAAGCUCCAAAACAAAAGGGUGGAGGAAGGGAGGGGGAAUCAAAACUUUGCGGGAAGAAAACAGCGCCCUGAGUGUGACUGCAUGGCUAAUUUACUUUCCUAAGGUGUUUCAAACUGCUCCUCCUUGUUGUAUUUACUCCGAAUAUUUGCUUUUGUUGCUUUUUCUGCAUUUAUAACCCCCAUCAUUGUGUUUCUCCCCGCAGGAACUGGUGUCCUCACACAGUCACUAAGACGGUGACCUGCCAGGUGCAGAAUGGGACGGUGCUCCAGCGGGUUUAUCAAACAUGUCGCUGGCCACAGGGAUGCACAGGAGGCAGGUGAGACUGCGAAAGGAGAUUAUCACUGCAGCUGCUGCAGCUCCAGAUGUUAAGGAGUCACACUACACUUCCUCUAAGAGAACUUUAUCUGUUAAAUAUUAUGUUCCCUCGGUAGUGAUGGACUCAUCCUUCUCAAAAAAGUUCCACUCGAACGUCUACCUUUUUUAGCAUCACCAUUUGUUGUUGAUGCUUAUGCCAUGUUCAGAUUUGUAUGUUUACACUUUUGGGUCACAGUCAGAACCAACAACCAGGUCAUACUGUACAUACACUCCUCCCAAUUUAGGGUCUUGAGUUUUAAAGGGAAGGCAAUGCAAAAGUGGGAUAGCUGUGCAGUCUUUCUUGCAGUCAGCAGAAGCAGAGAGAAAAUAACCUUUUUACCACCGCAGUGCAUAUUUUUCUGCAGAGUUUUUGGUCUGAAUCACUUCUUUUAAGCCUCUUUGUAAGGUAUGCUUUAGGGUUUGGCUAUUUGUAGUUAAAAAAAUAUUGUAUAUAAAUAUUAUAACUUCUGGCUUUAAUAAUCUCAAAUAGAAACAGUAUUUUUCUGAACCACAGGCUGUAAAACAGAAGUCAGAAGGUCAUGGUGGCUAAUUUCAUCCGCCAACAUUUCUGACACUUUUACAUUCAUUUGAUUCUGUUUAUUAUCCGCCGUGUUAAAAACUUGACUUUGAUUGGUCGUACAAAAUCGAUCUACAAACACCAGGGCGGGCUUAAAUUAUUGAUCAUUUCACCUUUUCCUACUGAACAUGUGUCAAAAAUGUUAGCUCUGAAUAUUUCUGACUGUUACUCUGAAUUUGUUUGGUAAGCAUGAGAACUAAAGAUUGGUUAAUGACUGAUCAGUUACUAGCAGAGGAAAUAAGAUGAGAGAAGAAAAAAAAUCAAAUGAGGAUCUGAGUGAAAAUGACACCGACUAAAUUUGAGAAAACAUACACAAAACAACCCCAAACAGCAACAUGGUGUGGGAUUUAACAAAGCUGCAGGACCAGUUGAAGGAGAAGAAAACAGACUUAAAAGUUACAGUGAAAAAAACUCUGUGUAGGAACUUAGUCGAUACUUUAAGCUACUGAGAUGCUUGAGCCAGAGUAACCUUGUUGACACGCCGCGCUACUGGUUUCUCACACUGCUGUGAGUUUUUGAUGAUCAUUGAAAUUUGGACGUCACUCCUCAGAUGUAGAAAACAAGAAUUUAUUGAGAUGAACAUUAACAAAAGACAUUUUACAAUUGAUAUCGAGCGACACUGAACGAAGAUUUCUUAUGACAAAUGAAAGUGGCCUUCAAAGUGGAGGUCUUGUUUUUAACUGAGCUUUUGUUUUUAUUUCCAUGUGCUGAUGUUCUGUGCUUUGCAAUUGUUUGUCAAAGGACUUCAUAAAUUUCUGUUUUUAAAAGUGCUAUAAAAACAAAGUUAUCAUUAUUAUUAUUAUUAUUAUUAUGAAGAAGAAGAAGUAAAACGCCGGCAUUUAGCGCCACAGCGGUCAAAAAUCUUUUACCCUGCCGGUUCGAUCACCUGCCUAUAACAGUGACUUGGCCACCUUUAUUCCUGAACCUCAUGAUAACAGGUCAGCGACACCUAAGGCACACAAAGUGGACUACAACCCAUUUUAUGGAAUCACAUCAACAUAUUUGGCUCCUACAUUCUGUGGUACAGCUGUUACUUUCUGCAUCUGUGAAAAACAGACAGAAAAACAGAUUAUUUCAGUAACCACCUGCUUACUCUUCAUUAUUCCUUACAUGGAAAAUAAAUAAUGGUGCAUACAAAUUACUUUAAAUCCACCAAGACUAAUAUCAUACCUAAUUUGAGCAAAUUUUGCAGCGGUGAUAAUAAACCAGAAAUAUCUCAAAUACGUAUUUUUACUUCACAUGAAACAGUCUCACUCUGCACACAAAGACAGCUGUUGUUACCCUCGUGUGUGUAGACGACUGAGUAUUUGGGUGUGUUUUUCAGCUACAGGACCGUGGUCAGACCUUCCUACAAAGUGGUUUACCGCACUGUGACCUCUCUGGAGUGGAAAUGCUGUCCGGGAUACAGCGGCAGCGCUUGUGAGGAAGGUGAGUUUAAACAGACAGACUCUUACAGCAGCGAAGAUGGAAAUGAGAGACUGUUGAGACUCUCUUAGAGGGACGAGGUCUCGGUCUAGGAGUGCGAAAUGGUUUUGUAGAAAAGGUCGAAUCACCUGCCCGUCUGUUUAUUUCUUCUGUCCUAAAGUGUGCUCAUUUAUCACAUCCGUACCCUCCGUCUCCUAGUCUGUGUGUGUUCCCUCCAACACAUGUGUGCAAGUGAUACUUUACAACAGGAGUGAUUUCCAUUAGACUUACAUAAGGCUGCUUCUGUCCUCCAAAUGAAGUAAAGAAAUCGGAUCCCUCGGACUCGUCGAUGUGAGUCAGGUCCCUCGGCUUUAUUAAUCACUUUUAAUGAGCUCAUUUAUUCGAGUCAGGGUGCUGCGAAGGGUUUGAUUCUUUGGUGUGGUUUUUAGUUUUAUUGUCCAGCUGCAACUGAGUCCACAUCCUCCUAAAGUGCCCUGCUAGUCUUGCUGUUUUCAUUUUUCAACUACAGUAGCUGCCCAUAAACACACACAGACACACACAGAGACACACAGUGUGUAAUGACUUCCCCUGGCACUGGCCCCCAUGUCUCUGCAGUCUGGGGAGAAGGGUGGAGUGUCUGUUUAUGCAGGGACCCAGGACUUGACUGGGUGUAACGUAAAUCGUCAGCCCUCGCGACACAAAGGACAAUAAAUGUUUACAGAGCUAUAAGUGGGUGCUUGUUUGUGGUGCAGAAAGCAGAAGCUGUUUUUCUCUUCAAUUUUCCCACUUCAAGGUGAGCUAAGAACAACUUUCAGCACUCACUGCGGCCUGUUAGUCUGCCCAAGUGUGGUUUCUCCACUCUCCCCGCCUGCUAACACAUCAAAAAAGCCGCGGUCUCCUCAUUUUUAGACCUUCUCCAUCCCUCAAAGUCAAAGAACAAACUCACAUUCAGACAACCUAGACUUUACUUAACAAAGCUGAAGAACAAGCAGUCAAACGGGGAGGAAAUUAUCCAAUUAAGUUGUUUCUGGAGGAGAUUCCCCCGCGGUUGUCAUGGCAGUGGGGGGCUGUUGAGCCAGCGGGGAUGCUGGGAUUAGCCACUUAUCAGGGCGUCGUUCCGGGUGGCUCAGAUCACAGGCAGCGCUGAGUGGAAGUGACAGCUUCCAUUCACAGGGCCUUUACUCCCCGGCACCAUGGAUGCUAUCCCGGGCCACCGGCGCUUUGUUCUGCUCCUGCCGCGUGAGCACAACCUCUUGCCAGCGCAGAACCUGACACCCCACUGCUGUCUGCCUCCCUCGCUCGCUCGCUUUAAGGAGAAAUGAAAUCUCGCACACACACUGGUAAAGCUGUCGACUGGAUUGUGUUUAGAUUUGUUGCCAUAGUGUCGCCAAGAGAAGUAAAAGCUGCAGCUAAGUGGGUGAAGGUUUCAAAUACCUGUAUCUGUGACGUCCACACAUUUCUUUGUGGGAUUUUGAAAAGCUUAUUUGACCGUGAGAUAGACCGAACUAAAAGUUUUAUGUUCUAAAACAUCAAAUAGAUAAGAAAGAGGUCUACUGUUUUGACUUCAACAUCUAAGUGCUCUUAAAAAGGCAAACACUGGAUGCAUCUAAGGGCUGGGCGAUAUGGCCUCAAAUCAAUAUCACAAUAUAUUGAGCAGUUUGAUACCGCACCUCGAUAACAAUAAAUAGACAAUAACUUCCAAAAACUUUAAAUAUCUUUAUGUAGGGCUGGGCGAUAAACCGAAAAUUUACCGAUACCAAAAUUUACGACAAUAACCAACGUCCUUUUGCCCAUAUCGGUAUAUUCAGUGUUAAAAAAAAAAAAAAGUUGGUUUUGGAUGUGUGUAGGUAGGCUAUGGUCUCAUGUCCCUUUAAGACGCUGUCCUACGUCAGAGACGUGACUCCACCCCAUCCAGUCCGUAACAAAGAGGGAAAGACAGGUGAGGAGAUGGAGGACGGUUCAAAAGUUGUAAGAGGGAACCACUCAAUAUAUCGUGAUAUCGAUUUGAGGCCAUAUCGCCCUGCCCUAGUUCACCUCGAUAACAAUAAAUGGACGAUAACUACUCCACAAGCUGCUGAAGCAAGCAAGACAAAGUUAAUGUGGGAGGGGGUGAGCAGCUUGUGGAGUAGUUAUCGUCCAUUUAUUGUUAUCGAGGUGAACUAGAGCUGGGCGAUAUGGCCUCAAAUCAAUAUCACGAUAUAUUGAGCGGUUCCCUCCUACAACUUUUGAACCAUCCUCCUUUUCCUCACCUGUCUGUCCCUCUUUUUUAUAGGACAUAGGUAUAGGACUGAUAUAGGACAGCGUCUUAUAGGGACAUGAGACCAUAGCCUAUCUACACACAUCCAAAACCAACUUUUAUUUAGGGUGACCACAUUCUGAAUCCCCAAAAGAGGACACGACUGCGGACUGAGUGUCUUUUACUAGCUUCUAACUCAGUAAGUCCAUGUGACACAAACUUGAAACUUCAUACAAAACCCCGGACAUUUGAAGGGUUUUCUAAACUUCCCCAGAUAAAGCCGGACAAGACCGGACAGCCCCCCAAAAAAGAGGACAUGUCCAGGUAAAAGAGGACAUAUAGUCACCCUAUUAUAUUUGUUUAUUUUUUGGACACCAAAUAUCUUGACAUGGGCAAAAUGACGUCAGUUAUUAUCGCUUAUUUCAAUAUUGUUAAAUUUUUGUUUUAUCGCCCAGCCCUAAUGCAUACAUUGUCAAAAACCAUUUCUGUGAGUCAUAUACCUUCACAUGUUUCCUCUUCUCGUCUCCUGGAGAGCGUGUAUGAUCCACUCAUCCUCUCAUGCUGCCAUACUUCACUCUCCCGCUCUCUCAGCAGGCCACGGCAAAAGCCCUGAAGGCCCGUCUGCAUUACAGCAGAUCUAAACUAUGUCCACAGCGGGAGAACUGAGGGGAUGUGAGGGUGCACGAGAGGAGAGGAAGUUCUGCUAUGUUACAGGCAGAGAGCUCAGUCCCUUUAAUGUUCAUUCAUCAGAUGGAGAUGAGAGAGUUGUUUUCUCUGGAGUCCCUCCGUUCUCACUCCUCUGCGUGUCGGUCAGUCGGCUUCAUAAAUCAACAGAUCGUUUUUAAAAGGAAAGAUACCAUACCGUCUCAGUCUGAGUUAAAGAUGCAGACAGCCGAGACGUUUCCUGUCACAUUCAAAUCGUGUGCCCCGAAAGCAAAACAUUACAGCGCUCUGAGGCUCAUGGGCAAACUUACUCCAUCAUCUUGGAAAAAGACUGCGUUGCAUCAGACAGCAACCUUUCACAUUCACUCUCUUGUUUCUUAUUUUUUCCUCGACCUCAGGACUUGGCUUGAAUUCCAGGCCUAUGGUGUAAUUACUGAGUCCUAAUUGUUUUCUAUGAGGUUUGGGAGAUAUUGUCUUACUUCAGGAUCAGGAACACAAUGGUCUUUAUCUCUGAUUGAGCCUGAGAAGGAGGAAAAAAAAAAAGACUAAGUAUUUGCAGAUGGAGGCACUUUCAUAGGCUGCCAGAAACGGGGAUUUAAUAUAUGCCUGCUUGGCUUUUGGCAUUCUCCGCAAGCAAAUACUUGUUUUCAGGUGGGAUAUCCCAACGUUUUCUGCAUCCAUCACAAGUGAACAAAUUAAACCUCGUUUAAAAAGCAAUUUUGUGUUUGGAGAAAAUUGCAUUUAACCUAUAAAGCAGCAUUAUUUCAUUAGUGGUGGGUCCAAAAUAGGUCUUUAUAUUGAUAUUCUCAUCUCAUCAAGAGACAGCUGCUAAUGUUGUUUGAUUAACAGAGGACAACACUUAAAAGAAGUAUUGGGGGGCGGGGGUGUUGCAUGCAGCAGAUUAUAUAGGAGGAACACAGACUUGGAUUAGCAUGGCUGUCAAAGCCGUGCCGCGGGGGUCCCCAUCAAGCUGCAUCUCACAGCCAAGCGGAGGCUGCGGUUUUUUGGGUCCCAAUUACAGUAUAGCUUGGAGGCAAAGGCGCGUAAUAAGCCGCAAAAAUGUAAUCUGUGUUUUCACAGCUCAGUGCAGCUUAUCACAGGCCUCCACCCUAAACCCGCUGCUUCAAACAUCCGUCGGCUGCAGCUUGCCAUUAGCGAAAGGAGGAGUGGGUGUGCGUGGAUGCUGGUUUAUGUGUCUGUCUGACUGCCAGAGCGAGUGUGUGUGUGGGUGGGAGAGUGAGUGAGUGAGUGAGUGAGUGAGGUGUUGAGGAUUUGUACAGUGAGAGAUGCAGCUGUUCAGCAUGAUUAGCUGCUUUAAUGGCAGCGGGCUUUAGUAGCUGUGAGAGGAGCCUGAGGUCAGAGGGGAGGAACAAGAGCAGGUGACCCCCCACUCCCACUACUUUUAGACCACACAGAGAACACAAUCAAACAUGGAGCCACCUUUUCAUUCAGGCUUCCUCUUCCCUCUCAGUCACAUUCCUGCAUCCCUCUCCGUUUGCUUAAGCAGGUGUUAAAUAUGUUACCCUCUCCUGCUGUAAUCCAUUCACAAAAAAAAAAGAAAAAAAACAGAUCAGCAGUCGACACAUCCAGAGUGUUUACGCAAUAAUAACAGGAGGUCUACAAAGACACAUAAAUCACACUCAUACACGCAGGCAGGCAGUGUGCAGAAAAGGCCACAGCAGCUGAUAUUCCUCUGUUAUGUAAAUGGCCAGUGCAGCACAAGUGCCGAAUCUAAAUUGGAAGCAGCUGAAGUGACGGCGAGCUGGGCUGAGGGCCUCAGAAGAGAUUAGACAUGGGAGCGUCCAGCGUUUCAGCCUACGCCGCUUUACUCCGGGGAAUUAUCAUAACAGCCAUUAAUUAACAAACAACAGCGCAGAGAGAAACGACCAGCCAGUGUGAAAAGAACGAAACCAAACAGAGGAUCGAACCCGUUUUCCUUCUCCAGCCUGCCUUUCUUCUUAUGUAAGUGUGUGCUGGUAUGUACAUCAGGCACAUAAACCAUCCUGUAAUUAUGAUUCAUAGAGGAGUUCAAGUAUUUAAAUUGGAAUAUACAUCUACUCAUUAUCGUGAUAAUAUUAGAGCAACAUUUGUUUGAAAUGUUCCAUGAAAACCGCAUCGAGGGCUCACACUGUCGAGCUUAAAACUUUGCAGGCUGCGGGAUUUGAAUAAUAGAGUUUGUAAUUAUUCCUCUGUGGGUUUGACAUUGUUAAAGUUAAGGGAAAAGACAGACUGUUAUGAAAGAACAGUGCGCAGGACAAAUGAAUACACAGGACUUUGAUUGACGAUGAAACAGCUUUAUUUGAAUCUAGGAAAUUUGCACGCAGCUCCAUCUGUUGACCCGUAAGAGUCGAGUCAGUUCUUAAAUCUAAAAUAAAUGGCAGUAAAUUUCAAAAGCCUGCACUUGCACAGUCCUGCAGUUGAACCUUUUUUUUUUUAAAGUUUCAUACACACUCAGCCUUGAUUCUGAGUUCAGUUUUAUGUAUCUGGCUCCUGAGCUGGAAAUGCCUCUUCUGCUCACUGAUUUAUUUAUUACUUUCCCCUGAGACUGCAUUGAAAACUGAUUUUCCUGCAGCCAGAGAGGAAUAAAGUGGGCCAAGUCAGCAACAACAAAAAAAAUAUAUAUAUAACUUUUAGGGAUGAAAAUAGGUGCACACACUCCUGCUCUGUAUACGCACACAUAUGCACAUCCUCCAUGGCAGCUGGAGUAUUCUUCUGUCCCUAAUAAAGCGGAGGCAUUUCCCCUCAGCCAGGAGUUUAAGUGGACUGACUGAGUGACCCACAAACAGACGAACUCUUUACAGCCUGACAGGUCACGCUAUCAGCAGCAGAGAGGAGAAGAGACACUCUCUUCCUGUCCAAGAUAAGACCAUAUGAACUCGAGACACGGCUUUUUACCACGUAGCAAGAUAAAAAAAGGUUUUAAAAUCCUGCUCUAUUUAAAUCCUCCUCAGGAAUGGAGGUAGGUGUCUGCUCUUAAAGCGGAUUUAACCUUGUCUGCCCCCAUCCCUCAGGUAUAUAGAGCGGCAUGUUGUUGGUGAUAUAUUGCUGGAGCUUUGUAGGUUCAGGGUCCUGUUGGGGUGAGUUCAGGGAACCCUGUAGACCACUAAAGGCUCGUUUCUGCUCGCCAUACGUAUGAAAGUGUGUGUGUCUGUUUCAAACGAUGGUUCCGUCACUACCCACACACUUCCAUGCGUCCUUUACGUUGGCAUGGAUGUUAAGCAUUACAUCCACCAGGGGGCAGACUGGAGUCAAAAGUUUCUGACAACAACUGUCGCUACCCGAUCCAUCCCGGAAACCCGGUUUGUACUGCGCAAGUGCAAAUUUACUUCACCCUAAAAACUUUAUUUAAACUACUGAUCGAUUCAGAAACGAGCUAGCGUUGUGACAGGCUAGCUAGAAGAAGGCUCCAGAGGUGAUGCCGAGGUAAUCACCAGAGCUCCUGCCCAGCACAGUGAGACCUUUAGGGCCACAGAGAGCGCCGCCACCCGGCCAAAAUUAUUGGUUCUCUGACUUUUCAAAGUAUCAAGGGGGGGAUUUAUUUUGUUUAUAUUAUCAAUUAAAUUUAUUAACAAGAAGCCUACACAUCAUGGACAAUAAAUUUAAGCGUUUUUAUACAGCGUACAAUUUCAACACUGAAAUAAUCACAUUCAUUCAAGUCUUUUAUAACUACAUUGCAAUUUUACAAUUUAGCUGGAGUAGGAACCUUUGAGCGUAAAACUGGGCGCAAUUCUCUUGACGGAGAGAAUGUUGAAUUCUUCUUGGACGGAGAAUUCUUUUCUCUAGUAGUACCGAUGAGAGAAAUUGACCAUUGUCUUCUUCGUUUCUGGCUAGAGAAGUAUAUCAGGUAGUGACAGCAGCAACACUGCCCCAACGGUUUACUGCUUUGGUACUGCUUCAUCUGGCCUGGAUCAGUAAACUUCAAGGAUACGUGCAGAAAUACGGACCGGAUUCAUAACGUUGAGCAGAUGGUCUGGCUAUGUCAUUUACCUGCUGCUUAUUAAUGGUUUUAGUCAGAAUCCCAGUAUCUUUCCAGUUCUCUCUUUGUCUUACACCCAGCCCCUGUUACCAAACUCUUGAACACAAAAGGAGAAAAGCAGAAUGAAAGCAGUUGCCUCUAUGUCAUAUAAUCUUCUCUUACAGCAUACUUCUUUGUUUUUUUUCCUUUCUUUUCCACCCUCUUUGUAAUCUCGAUGAUGUGGCUGCUCAUUUGUCUCUGUUAUGAGUUCAUAAACAUAUACAACACCACAUAAGAGAGGCCCGAGCGCUGCGGCCUCGUAGGGGGGGGUACGAGGCCGACCUUCAAACCUCCUCCACUCCCAUGUACACAAAACCACAAACAGAUCACCACAUCACAGAGACAUGGCUGUGGUGUUGUGAUGACAUCAUUUACGGCCUCUCGUAUCGCAGACCUCCCAAACACCCCCCCACCCCCACCACCACCACCCUCCUCUUCCCUCCAGAUCAGUUUCACAGCUGCUUACUGCUGCGCUCUCUGACAAUGAGAGGAACUUAAAAGUUUUUGCAUCUGAUUCUCCAGCUAUAUGAGCCGGUCUUUGCAUAAAUUUCCAUUCGCUCAUGUGGUUGAUGAGCGGGGACGAGUGGGGUGGUUCUGAUGGUAGUGAUUAGUUCUGGACUGAGGAUAAGAGCAGAGGGGAGGUUUUGGAUGAGCUGGCCCAGCUUUCGGACUAAUGAGAGUCAUUGCUGGUUUGCUUUCAGAGCGCAGCCUUGACGGAGGAGCAGACCUUUCCCCUCGGGGAGCCAGUUUUAGGGACCAAAGAGAAAUGAUCUCACUUGAUUGGCGAGGACAGGAGAGAAGAGCAGGAUAACAGAACUUGUCUUUGGGGAUGAGAAGCUUAGCGUAUGAAGACAGAGCUGUGCACCACCGGCAUCGAAGGAUCUUUAAGGAAGCUGUUUUAAUAGUUAGAGGAAAAGUAGUGCGAUAUUGAGCAGGGUGAAUGUGUAGCCUCUGUUAUUCUUGUUUUGCACAAUACCUGAGUGUGCAACUUAUGUUUAAAAUCCAAAAUAGAUAAAACAAAAACCUAUUUCACCGUGUAAUUGUCUUAUAUUUGAGAGUACUGCUAUAGCUUGAGCAUCGUCGACUAUUUAAAAAAAGAAUAGCCAUCGCCAAGGUCUCCAUUUAUAGUCAAGCUGUGAGAAAAGGCUUUGCAUGUGGAAAAACCUCUUCUCUUUUAUUAUUACAUACUUUAAAUAUAUUUAUUGCAAAGGCUCAUAAUGCAUAACAAGUGACUCGUAAUUUAUUGUGCAACCCUUCUGCAGAGCACACUGUAAUUUCUCGCAUGUAAGCAAACAAGUAAACAGUCUCUGCCUGGAGUCAGGCUGGGGAAUAAAGUUAGUAAGAGUUUGUAGAGUGGUGACAAAUGGCUAUAUAACAAGAUCCAAGCAGAAAUGUGAUAAGAGAGCGUAAUUGAUUGCAGAUCCAGAGUCAGUUUUCCUUUAAAAACUGUCGACUCUGCCAAUAAACUGGGAAAAAUCACGCUGUUUCCAUCCCAGAUGUGUCCCAUUUCACUUUUAUGGAGCAUUUAUUUGUGGUUCACACUGUUUGAUGUCUCAAACGAUAUUUUUUACUCUAAUAAAGUGAAGAAAUUUCUGUUGGCACAGUUUAUACAAAAUGAUCUAUAUAUAAAAACUGUUUUUUGCAGCUUUUGUUACACUUGAGCUCACACAGAAAGUGUGUGUGUGUUACAUAUCCAGAGAGCUGUUUACUCUGUGUUAAUAGAGCAUGUAAGUCAUGCAUCAUUUAGGAGAGUGCUCGUAUCUCCUUUGCCAUCAUGGAUUGUCUGGGGUCAUGUCUCAGGGGCUUCUCUGAUCCACAAACACCAUAGACACUCAGCAUUAAGGUGUGCUCACUCUGCAGACAUUUCAGCAUGACACACUCGGCUGCACUUGGCACACGGCACACUUCACCUCUUCUUACUGUCCUCCUCACACUUUAUGAGAUCAAACUGGGGGCACAGAUUGCCGUGUGCAUAUUUCAGGAAGUGUGUCAUGCUUGAUUGGUCCAAGUCCAGUCUGUGUGACUGGAGGAGGAGGAGGAGGAGGAAGAGGAGGAGGAGGGUUGUAGCAGCGCUGGUGUGUCUGGUGAGGCAGUAUCGGGAGAGCUGAGAACCAGAGAGGCCCAGCAGGGUGAGCUCAUUAACAACAGGACGUACCCCUGAACCUUUAAAUCCAGGCCUGCAUUCAGUCUGCUCUGCUGCCCACCCCCCCAGUCCCGAGACACGUCCACGGGGGCUUUAACAGCCCUGGUGUUUUGGUUGGACCCCCGCCACCACCAGAGCCGAGCUGUGCAUGACGACUCCCCCCCCUUCUUCCUCUGCAGUCAGGAGCAUAAAUAAAGUCCAGUGAGGGUGUCUGUGUGUUCCUGCAUCCUCAGGUGUUUAUGGCUCUCUCACUCAUACAUGCUGAGCGCACAGCCAGAGUCUGGCAGCAAACACACAGUGAGGCGCUCACACACAUGCUUAAGGCCUCAGAUACACCUGCGCUCACAGGAACAGACACAUAUAUCAAGUUUGUAUAUACAGCAGGCGCGUGACUCAGACCAAAAAUAAAACAUAAAAUUUUACACUUCGGUUGACUCUGGUCGCACAAACAUGCAAAAAAAGAAGAAGCUGAAAAUGCUGAGUCUGUGUAAUCAAUGAACCCGAUACAGGAAACAGUGAAACAGUCAAGGCCUCCUCUCUUCCUGCAGACAUACGCAAUGCAUAUCUAUUGCAUGUAGAGUGACAGGGCGGUAAAUCACUCUCACUGUGCCAAAGUUAGAUCUCCGUCUGCUUUCUGUAGGCUGAGCCAAAGAGGAUGAUGCAUGAACCCUUUAUUUCUGUUAUCUUCCUCAAAGGUGUGUUCUCUGUAGGGAUGGGCGAUAUGGGUGAAAAAAAAAUUAUCAUGAUAAGAUUUGCCAUUCUGACGAUAACGAUAAAAGUACAGAUAAAAAAUAUUAUAAUUCCAAUCUACAUUUUUUACUCAUUUUGUCAAGGUACUUAACCACAAGUUUAAGUGGUAGAUUAUGGAGAAAACUAAUGACAUCAAACAAUUCUCAAAUGUUCAAACAUUUUCAACAUUUGUUAAAAACUCUUAUCGCACAGAGUGAAAAGCGGCAGAUCGUCCAAUGUCUGACAUACCUAAUUGCGCUCAUCUAAGCCCCACAUGAGGAGAUCAUGUGGAGCCCCGUUCAGAACCGUCUUCUUCAUUACCUUCGGCCAUGUUUGUUUGUUAUUCUGUUCUGUGUGACCUAUGGCUGCGUUGGAGUUACCUCGGAAGUUAGAAGUCCAAGCUGAUUCAGUUACCUGAAACAAGAUGGCUUCAUCUACGAAAGUUAUUUUAGCUCUUGUCUUAUGUUCUUUCGUAGAUGUAGCUAUCUUGUUUACGCCUCCAAUUUUGCUUUUUUCCGACUUGGUCAUUGAAACGCUGGGAACUCGGGUGUGACGUCAUUUUCAGCUCCAACAUCUGACUUCCAGGUAACUCGAACACAGUAUAUUGCUACGAUUCCCUCGCUCACGCUUACGUCAUCCACCUGCAUUUAUCAUAUUUAUCAUGAGAUGGCAAAUAUUUAUCAUAGAGGAUUUUUCUGAUGAUUUAUCGUGAAUGAAAAUUUAUCGCCCAUCCCUCGUUCUCAGGUUUGUUACCUUUUCCUUGUCAACACUUAUUCUGAUUGGACUUCAGUACCGGCUGAUACAGAGUCAGAAAGUACACGUUAUUGGAGGGAAAAGCCUCGAUGAGCCUUUUCAAAGUGCCUACCCUCUCUGGACAUUCCCCAUCAUUACAUCCUAUUUACAGAAGACCAGAAGGAUUGUUCUCCGCUAAUGCGUUUUAUAUGAACCCCUCUCUUUUCCUGCGUAAACUGAACCGCUCCAGUAAAGGGAGCCUCAUUGUUACUAAAUCUGCAGACAGAUGGGUUUUUGACAAAGUGGAGAGUUACAGUUUGUCCGAAGAGUAUGUGAGCUGCUCUUGGCGUGGCUUUCCUUCCUCUGGCUUUGCUGGGGGGUUUGAAAAUUCAUUCCUUUUUCUCUCUAAGAGAUGAGUGUGUUAAACGAGAUUGACGACUAGUGAAAGGGUGGCGUGGAUCCAGCGGGACACGCUCCUGUAUGAGCUGCCAGGUAGAAAAGGCAAGAGAGCAAGAAUGGAAAAGAGAGGAUGUUUUUCUCUUCUCGUAUCGUCACAAUCCGAUACUCGCAGAGGAACGAGAUGGCAUGAAAAAUAUUACAAGGGGCAUGGAGGUGAAGGAAAAUAGAGGGGUUUUCGAAAGGACAAAGGACAGGCUGAAGUUGAAGCCAUUAUGAGCAUCAUUCAUUCAUCGUUACCGCAGACAUGACCACAAGCUUUCUGAAUUUUAACUGACCUUAAAAAAUAAAUUAGAUCCGAGGCUCUCCUUUCUUUUUGUCCGACUCUCUCACGGUCCACGCACCACUACCCUGUGGGUGUGAUGGGCAGCCAACGGGACGCCAAUGGAGGUGAAAGGGCAAAGGAUUGAGGGGUGCGGGGUUUGACAAAUAAUGGCAAGUAUUGUUCCUUAAGUGUCAAGAAAAUCUCUCGACGGUGUCAGUCUUAAAUUUCGGAGGCACUUUGGGGCUUUAUGUUGUGAGCUUGUCAUGCUAACUUGAGUACAAUGUCCCCCUUUUAGCGUCGGAAUAUCAGCGAAUCAGAAGACCGAAAAAGAGCCCACACAGUCAGAGUGAAGAUGGAGGCUGACAUGAAGGAAUGAAAGAAUUUAGUAACAAGUUUUUUUUAAGAUCAGUUUCUUUUGUUUGGAUCGGGAAACCUUCCAGACCCCACAAUGAGUGACAGUGAUGUCUCAGCUUCUCUUAAUUUAACUGUGGGUGAGUAGAUGUGACGGAGGCCUCACACACUCCCUGAUCCACACCGGGUCUACAGAGGGCACGAGGGAGAUGAAUUACAAACGCUGCUCGGGAUCAUUCAUCCAUCAGAGCAACUUCUUUUUGCCAAGCUGGAAUUCCUUUCCCCUGGCUGCUCCUGACGGUGCAGAAACCGAAGCCCAGGCUGCAGCCAAUCCGCCGUCUGUUCCAAAAGUGCAGCUGAGUUUGCUGGACUUUUAGGAGCUCUCUUCUCUGUUCGGAGUGAGGCGGCUUCUGUCAGCACGAAGAACCCACACCUGUGCUUGAAAGAUCGAUUCGAAGGGAGUUAGGAUCGCUAUCGGCAGCAGUUUGACUCCACCCGUUUCUCCUGUUAAUGUUAUUUAAUGAGAGUUUGUAUAGAGAGGUGCAGCUUUUCAGCGUUAAAUGGCGGUAUUUCAUUCUCCUCACAGAGAAGAGGUAAAAGGUCAAGCUUUGGCGGCUCAUUUCGAGGUCCAUGCAAUAGGAUUCAAAGCACAACACGACGCCGCUGAAGAAUGUGUUUUGAUAAAGAGGAAGUCGGCCCUGACACCCCCUGAAACAACAUUUAAACAUCUCUUAACUUGUUUGGAUGCAAAGUUCAUGUUUUUACAGGAUGUUUUAUGUGUCUCAUGAGCGGUCCAAGACUUACAGGAGACAGGAGACUGCAGGAACGUGGCCAUCGGAUGCUUAGUGCUGGAAACUUUCCCCGCUUCGAUGAUGUGCUGUGGACAGUUUUUCAGUUAUUACUGAUCGCAGAGUGGCUGUUCUGGACGUAGAGGUUUAAAAACUGCCCUCUAACAUUACAGCCCCUGUGAAGAAGUUUGGGUUUGUGUGGGACCUUGUAUCUCCUCCCUGAUCCAGUCCUGUUUAGCUUUAUGAUAAAACUCUCUUCCCACUCCUAGAUAAAAGCUCCGUCUUGCUCCAUGUUCAUGUUUUAAGCUCAAGUGAUCCCUCCUCACUUGAAGAUAACAGCCUGGUGUUGUUUGCUUAAAUACAUAAAGAUCACCUUAGGGCUGGGCGAUAAACGAUUGUUUUUCAUGCUGGGCGAUUGUGGGGUGGCAGUAGCUCAGGAGGUAGAGCGGUCGUCCAAUGACCGGAAGGUUGGCGGUUCGAUUCCCCCCUAAUCCAAGUCUGUCCGUUGUGUCCUUGGGCAAGACACUUAACCCACCUUGCUCCCAGUGUGUGUCCUCCACUGGUGUAUGAUUGUGAGUGUUGUGUGGUGGUGGUCGGAGAGGCCGUAGGCGCAGAAUGGCAGCCACGUUUCCACCACCAUCAAAGUGUGACUGUGUGAGCGAAUGAAUGAUGUAUCCAAUGUAAAGCGCUUUGAGGGUCUCUGAUAAAGCGCUAUAUGAAAUCUGAUGCAUUAUUAUUAUUAAACCAAAGAUUUACAGAUACAUAAAUUUACAACAUUAACCGACGUCAUUUUGCCCUGUCAAUAUUUUCGGUGUAAAAAAUAUAAAUGAAUAAAUAAAGUAUUGUUUUUUUAUGCAAAGUAAACCUCCAAGUAAAUUCAAGCAAGGAAAGAUCGACAACUAUGGUGUUUUAUUAUGGACAUAUGCGUCAACUACAUGCUCUGGUUCGUCACCUCAGAGGGUCUUCAAUCAUUAGACAGAGCUGCACUCACAGUUGGUUUUGGAUGUGUGAUGGAGGGCUAUGAUCAUGUCCCUUUAAGACUCUGUCCUAUGUCAUUAUCUAGGUGAACUAGGGCUGGACGAUAUGGCCUCAAAUCAAUAUGAUGAUAUAUUGAGCAGUUCACCUCGAUAACAUUAAAUGGACGAUAACUACUCCACAAGCUGCAACCCCCUCCCACAUUAACUUCGUCUACUUCAGCCGUCGCUCCAACCACUCCAACUUUUGAACUGUCUUCCAUCUCCUCACCUGUCUUUCCCUCUUUGUUACGGACUGGAUGGGGUGGAGUCACGUCUCUGAUACCCAUAAGUAUACCGAUAUGUGCAAAAUGACGUCAGUUAUUGUCUUAAAUUUCAGUAUCAGUAAAUUUCCAUUUUAUCUCCCAGCCCUACAUGAAUAUAUUUAAAGUUUUUAGUGGCCCUGUAAGCUGUGACUCCUCAUCCUCUGGAACAAUGGCUGGAAUAGCGGGAUCCUGUAAUGGUGCCACAAAGCCUUGUCGUGUGUGGGUGGAUGGAUUGGGAAACAUAACUCUGUCACAGGACACUCUGUUCAUUCUCUCUUUCUCGAGACAUUUAUCUUUCAGGGAUGACUAAGAGGAUUUUCUAACCAUGGCCUCAAGUUUUUGUGCCGAACACAAACCGCAGUUUACAAUUGAAUCAUUUUUCUACCGGUCAUUUGUGAGUGUUUUUGAGGCCAAAACAAACAGGGUUGUUCUGUUAACUCUCCAGAAUCAGAUCCGAAAAACAAUAGUGGUGGUUUUUGUAGGAACACUAUAAUAAACAAAAUAUUUUAUGUGAAGGUUUGAGGUCUUGAUGGAGCCUGUGAGAGACUUCUACUUUUAACUGAGUCUGCAUGACUCAGUCGGCGCUCGGAUUUAAGGAUUAUCAGCUGAAGUCGAUAACCUUCAGUACUUUUUAAUUUCUCUGUUAGCCUCACAAAAAGAGAGAAUAAGACUUUAAUUCUGCAGUCAGACUCUUAUUCUGAUUUUGUCGAAUCUUUUCAUCUCACCACUGACUGAUGUCAUGUGUAAUUGUGGCGCUUUUAAGCUUGAACAAUUUUUAAUGGGAGUCUGGCAUAUCGUGUUAUGCAGAUGGGUGUAUAAUGACUUUUAAAGGGCGCUCUGCUCUUAACUGUCACUUGUGAACUUUACAGCUUGCAUAAGUAGUUUAACGCUCAGCAGAUGAAACAGAGAAAAAAAGCCCUGAGUCAGCACAAUUAAGCUUUCGCGUGUCAUUUGUGGGUGGAGAAAAAAGUGAUAUUUUCAUAGUUGCUUUUAUGGAUCGGUUUUAAAGGCGAUAAAUAUCAAAGGAUAGAGGGUGAAUUAAAGGAUUAAGAGCUCAUGAGAGACGUCAUUUGGUCUACCACUGCAGCUCAGAAUCUUUAACCAACUGUCGGUUUGCACGACAUACGACAACUCUGCGUGAGAGACUCAUUUUGGACGUUGAUUUGACAAUGUGACAUGGCAGUGAUGCACACAGCGAGGGGGGGCGGCCAUUAAUAGAGGGUAAUGAAAAACAUAAUUGUGUUUCAUAUACUUGGGCAGUCAAACUACACCGGGGCACUCCUCUCAGAUAUCUGAAGUUAAAGGUAGGGUUGGUAAUCGCGGCAAACUAGCAUGACUUCGUCUCACCUCUCUCCUUGGAGCUCCUCAAAAACAACGCUCACAUGCACGAGCGCUGCUGUCUGCUGAUUCAAAACCACAGACUCGAAACUUUAGGACUCUAGAUUGGGAAGUCUUUGCAUAACAGAGACAAAGAAGGUAACCUUAGCAUCAGGAUGACCACAUAACUAGCAAAAUGGCUAAAUACUUGAUCAAAAUAAACAAACCUUCAACUUACCUUUCCUACGGAAAAUGAGCGACAAUGGCAUCACUUUUGACCUCUUUCGGUCCUCUCCAUCGUUGAAAAGUCCUGAUGUUGACUUUCAUUUUCAACCUUGCUUUUUCCGAAUUCUGUCUUUCUUCAGCCUUCUCUGCCUCCGUCUUUCUUUUCUUGCUCUUUUUUGCAGGAGGAGUGGUCAUCGUUAAUCUGGGUAUAGGUAGUUUCUCUGCCAUUCUCCAGCGCUUUAGAUCAGGGUCAGUGUACACCGGUGACAUGUACCUGCAGGAGGCGAGCACGAGAUUUGAUUGGAUAAAAUCUGUGGGACCCACAUGAUGUGAUUGGUUGGUGUUUUCCCUGUUUUACUCCUGCUGUAGAAAGCGGCUAUGUUUCGCUCUUUUUUAAGAACACAUCAUGUUCACACACAUUGAUUUCCAUCGGACCAUAAAGAUCAUUUUAACCAGAAUAACAAAAAAUGUGUCUAACCCGGGAUUUCCACUGCAUCCGGAAUGGCUCUAAUGGCUCUAAAAAUCUACUUCUAGACUUCUAGAAUCAGCAUCUCCUCAUGGUGUCAUCGUGAUGAAAUGCUGUCAAUGAAUGCCUUUUGCAUGGUGUGAAAUACGGAGUGUUUUAUUUUGAAAGAAGCCAGAUGUUUUAUUUUGUGUCUGUGCCCGACUUCCUUCUGAAUUUAUCGGGCAUGCUCUGGCGUCCUGAAAAAAUUGAACUCUUGCGAUCAACUGCAGAGUCUGGGGAUCCAGUGGAAAGAAGCCGGUGGAAAUUGACACAUUAACUUGAAUGGACUACAAUCAGCUACUAUUGGCGGAUACUGCCUUUUCGUAGCCGCUCUGGAGGAGGUGGGCUUGGGGGUAAAUCACAUUACCAACCCUAUCUUUAAGGCUCUAAAAGAUCUCCACACUGGCUUCUUAUUUCCACACUGUUUCCGAGUUGUAAAAACUUCAUACCUUCUGGAAUAAAAUGUAGAUCUGAACUUCAACCUUUCGAUGUUAAACCAUUGUUAGAGGAGGGCCGAUAACUCUCAAACACUCUCUUUAUAUCUUGGAGGAGUACAGGUUGAUUUACCUCUUUAUAUUUUCUGGCUCACAGUCAGACGGUGGGACACAUCCGUCCACUUGUCACACCUCAGCCAAGACCUCCACGUCUGCUCAGAGCACAACUCACGCUCCAGACAUCAGCUACUAAACGAGGAGGACAGUCCAGACACGCACCACACAUGAGAACAUAUACACACCAGAACACACACACACACACAGGAGAGAAAUCGAGUGGAGACAGGCCAGAUGUUUUAUCUCAGUGUGUUAGUGUCAGAGAGUUUGGCUCCUUCUUACAGAGGAGUGUUAAUCUCUGGAGCGGGAACUUCGGCACAUCGCCACGGCUGCUGUGACCGUCUGAUGAAUUACAUCACGCCGACCACGGGGGGUCUUGUGUGACCGUGAUUUAGACCAGAGGAGUCGAAAAAGACUCCCAUACAUCACAAAUCUCUGACAGGGUAAAUGUAACCUCCUCCCAACCUCUCCUGUGAUUGGUAAAGGAACUUGAUCUUUGACUUUGACCAUCCAGAGCUCAGACCGCUGUAUCACAUCCCUGCUCAGGUGUUAAAUCAGCUGAAAAAACAAAACAAUGAGGCUGUGAUGGUUACAUUUCUGAGGCUUGGAGGAUCCUGACUUCUCUUUAACCCACUUUACUUCACAGACCAACUUGACAGAAACCUGAAACCUAAAAAUAUUCAUUUCCACCCUUCAUUGUUUAGGAGAGGAAUACACAAACCCAACUUUUAGUCCUGGCACCGAUGCAGAUACAAAUACCAGUACCUUGCUUUUGGGUAUCCCUAACACCAAGUACUGGGGUCCAAUUGAUCACCGAUCCAUUUUUUUUUAAAGACUUUCAGGGGUCAGUUGUGAACUUUUCCCUGAUACUUUCAAACUAUUUCAGGAAAGUUUCUUGUUUUUCUUCGAUCAAGAAGCUGUUUUGGCUUUUUAAUUUGGUUGAUCCUUUUGUUUCCUUGUUGAAGUUCGUUGUGUAACAUAACCACUGAUUCUUCAAAAGAUUAGCUUUGCAGAUAUUGUAGGAAGCUGUAGAAGUUGUACCAACAAGCAGGAAAUACACCCAGACUUAGGGCUGGGCGAUAAACUGAAAAUUUACCGAUACCAAAAUUUACGACAAUAACCAACAUCAUCUUGCCCAUAUCAGUAUAUUCAGUGUCAAAUAGAUAAAUAAACGAAAGUUGGUUUUAGAUGUGUGUAAGUAGGCUAUGGACUCAUGUCCCUUUUAAGAGGCUGUCCUACAUCAGAGACUUGACUCCACCCCAUCCAGUCUGUAACAAAGAGGGAAAGACAGGUGAGGAGAUGGAGGACGGUUCAAAAGUUGUAGAGACUGAAGUAGACAAGUUAAUGUGGGAGGGAGUGAGCAGCUUGUGGAGUAGUUAUCGUCUAUUUAUCGCUAUUGAGGUGAACUGAUCAAUAUAUUGUGAUAUUGAUUUAAGGCCAUAUCACUCAGCUCUAUUUUCACCCUUCCACCCGUUGUUUGUCCACAUGAAGAAAUCCGAGAACUUUUCUCUGAUGCUUUCAAACUAUUACCAGAAAGUUUCUUGUUUUUCUUUGAUCAAGAAGCUGUUUUGUCCUUUUAAUUAGGUUGAUUCUUUUGUUUCCUUGUUGAAGUUAGUUGUGUUACAUAAUCACUGAUCCAACAAGCAGGAAAUACACUCAGACUGAUGAGCCUUUGCUGUUCUUGUCCUCUGUGUUUAAUGUGAGGAUGUAGAAGGUACACUACUGAGGCCCUGAUAAAUGCACACAUAGUAAAGACUGAAUUAAAUGAAUUAGUGUCCAUGUUUCAGGCCCACAGAUUGGCCCACAGUCAUUAGAAGCUGUCCUGGUCCUUUGGGUGACUAUUGGACUAAUAUCCAAUAUCAGGAAUUGAUCAGUGCUUCUAGUUUAAAAGUGCUGCAACACACUCUCCUGUACACGAACGUCUCCAAAGUGUUGACUCUGGAGUUUGUCCGAAAGUUUUCUCUCCUUCUGGAUCAGCACUUUCUCACAGAGUGGCUGUGAAGGAGUGCAGGGAGGCUGUUGUUUAAAGAACUCUGUGAAUGCCAGCAGGGAGGAGUGUGUGUGUGUGUGUGUGUGUGUUUGCACGUCUCUGUGUGUGUGUUUGUGGGGGUGUUCCUUUGUAAUGCAGUGCUGAGAUAAGGCAGCAGCAUCACCACGUCAGCCCCUGCUGGAGCCCUGCAGGGUUCGACGGACCCUCAUUGACCUGAAACUGUGAUCACACGGUCUGUUUUAUUAGCCGACAGGAGAGGUGUGAUGGAUGGCUCUGCAUUGUCCGCCUCUCGUUUGUCCUGAUGUUUUCCCUCUCUGCUGAAGAGACGGUGGUGGUUCUGCUGCGAAGGUUUGAUGUGUGUUUUCUCUGAUCCUGUAAUCUGCUUCCACUCCUCUCCUCUUCUGUGUGUGUGUGUGUGUGUGUUCUUUCAUCAGUGUGUGCUCGCCCUGUCUGUGGGCAUGUUGUACUGAAGAGCCUUUCAGAGAUAAGACCCUCAUUUUAGUGUGAGGGGAGGGAGAACACUGUGAAUAGUCUUCCUCCUUCAGUCUCAUUUUUCCCCUCUUUUCCCUUAUCUUAAAUCUUUUUUUUUUUUUACUUUUUCCAGCAGUUUUUCAUUUCUCUCCCUCUUUCUCUCUCUCUCUCUCUGUGAGCGCAGAAGCAGUAAAUUGCACUUGCGAACUGUGAAAGAGUUUCUUUGUACUUCUCGAAGUCUUUAGCCUGACAAAGGAUGUCACAUUAACAGCGGAGUACUCCUUGCAGCAUUUCUGCCUUGGCGAACUAAGGAAGAAGAGUUGGAUCUAAAAUAACAGUACAGGGAGGAGCAGUGCAUCACUGAAAGAUUUCCAGCGGCCCCCACUGGUGUUGUGUUUGCCAAAAGGAGCAAAAAAACCCUCUAAAUCCCCCACACUGGAGUUAAUAAAUCUGUCUUUCAGGCCUAAAAUAUCCUCAAGUAUAAAACAGUUCAUUUUACUGUUUUGGCCUAUUUCUGUUUCUUUCCCAGGCUGGAUUUUUACAUUAGUUGUACUUUUUAUUUGAUUGUAAUGGAGAGUUAAAGGAUGUUUCCAAGGAGAUGUUGGCAUUUGUGCUCAGUGAUCAAUUAAAGGUAGUAAUCACAGGGUCAAACAUGAGACAAUAGACAAGUCUUAGUAGGGCUGAGUGAUACGGCCUCAAAUUAAUAUCACGAUAUAUUGAUCAGUUCACCUCGAUAACGAUAAGUGGACGAUAACUACUCCACAAGCUGCUCACCCCCUCUCACAUUAACUUCGUCUACUUCAGCUGCUACAACUUUUGAACCGUCCUCCAUCUCCUCACCUGUCUUUCCCUCUUUGUUACCGACUGAUGUAGGACAUUAUCUUAAAGGGACAUGAGACCAUAUCCUACCUACACACAUCCAAAACCAACUUUUAAUUAUUCAUUUAUUUUAACAGCGAAUAUACCAAUAUGGGCAAAAUGACUUAGGUUAUCAUUGCAAAUUUCGGUAUUGAUAAAUUUUCGGUCUUAGCCCUAAAUCUUAGCGUGUCCCCGCUGUCUUAGAGUCGGUGAAGAUGUCCCAGAAUCUCGUCUCACACACAGGUGCGACCACAAACAGCCCCUCUCCUUCUGCUCCUUUAUGUCUUCUCUUUUGAUUUCACGCUCAUGAACUCCACCACCCUGCUGCUCUGACUCUAAGUCAGAGUUAAACACCUGUUGUCAGCUGUGUCUGCAGUUUUGUCCUGUUCUGAUCUGGACGCCCCCCCUUCAGUUUAUCAUCCCUUUGUGGAUCACAGAACAUGACCCCCCCCCCGCUUGCUUGAGGGCCCACUGUAGUCCCAGACAUGAGACAGAACCACUUGUUGCUUAGAUCUGAGGUGUCUUGUACAAAGAGGAUUAGGGCCACAGGAAGAAAAAAAAAAUGAUUACAGGAAGGAGAUUUUCUUUAAUUUUCAUUUUGAGAUUAAAGUCAAAAUUUCAAGAUUAAAGUCUAAAGUUGAAAUGAAAAAAAACGCAUUUUCGCAAAAUUUCAACUUUAUUCAUGUCAACUUUGAUCUAGAAAUUUCGACUCGAAUCUCAAAAUUUCAAUUUAGUUCACAAAAUUUAGACUUUAUCCACAUCGACUUUAAUCUUGUAAUUUCCGCUUUAAUCUCAAAAUUCUGAUUUAAUUCACAAAAUUUUGACUGUUUUCAUGUUGACUUUAAUUCUGAAAUUUUAAUUUCUAAUCUCAAAACUGGACUUCAUUGACGUAAUUUCGAUUUUUUGAAUGUUGAAAUUUCGACUUUAAUCUCCUUCCUGUAAUUUUUUUCCCCCCUAAUGUGGCCCUAAUCCUCUUUCGUAGUCUGGAGUGUGAUUUCUAUACAAUAGAGAUUAAAACAUGUUGAUGCAUACUGAUAAUGUAGCUGACUAAAAAGAGCAGGGAUACUUCCUUACAUCUUCCUAUUGCUUAAGUAGCCCGAACAGAUAAUCAACACUUCUCUUUGGUUUGCGUGACCCCGCCUGUUGUGGUUAUUCUUAUCUGCUGAAAUCCUCCAAAGGUCAGUUUGUUGAUUUCCUGGGGUGUUUCCAAAACAUGCAGCAUGUAUGUGUUUGUCAUUAGGAUUGAGAUACUGCAGAUAACUCAGGAUCAGCUUCUGAAGUAUCUACACUUGGUAAUUAGUGUCAUUCACCUCGAGCACUGUGUGUCAGCGUAAGGUGUGCGUUUUCUCUCUACACACUGUCCAUACAUCCCAUUAAUAUGUGUGUAUAUUUGAGGAUACAGUCAGUUUAUUUUCAGAGUGCCCACAAGGCCUCCCCCUGUUAUCCUUGCUAAUCCGGCUGUUGUAUCUCUGACAGGAGACCAGAGCGCAAAGCUUUCAGAUCUCCGUGUAUUUUUCUUGCUGCGGGUUAUUCAGUAAUUCAAAUACUUAACACAUUGUGUCACGAUAAGGACCUGCUCCACAUCUUCUGUGUUGCUCCAGACAGAUUAUGGAAAACCUCCUGUUGUUUCUGCUGGGGUAAAGAUCAGACGCUGUAUGGAUCUGCUCCGAGGUCACUGCAGAUCACUCAUCGUGUUUGUUUUGUCUGUCUUCUGUUUUACUGGAUGUAAGUUUAGCCGGUGUUAAGCCUGCGGCGCGAUGCGAGCGAUCAGGGGAAUGAGGUCCAGAUUGCUGCUUCGUUUCACACAUAGCAUGUUCAUUUACGUCUGAUAGUCCCUGCAUUGUGUCCUGUUUGGAGGAAGGAGGGGAGUUGUGAUUAAAAUCUCCCUCGUUUGUGAUUUAUGUUGUUAUAACCUCAGUGAUCCCAGGUCUGGCAUACCUGUCUUAUUGCUGGACUUAAGGCUUUAUGUCCUGCAGGCGGGCUGUCAGUCAACGGUUGAUAGGUUCGCUCCAUUCUGGAUUAGCGCAGGUUUGACCUCCACCAGGUGUGUGCGGCCUGUGUCACCGUCUCACUUCUCAGCGGCGGUGGUGGUGGUGUCGUGUUCUCCGGUGCCUCCUGAGAAUCCACCUGAGUAAAGCUCACUCUUCCGCACGCCAUCACUCGAAACCUAAAAAAAAAAAAGCCCAAUCAGCUUUGAUCCCGCCCUGCGGCCCCUGGAAGUAAGUGGGGUCUAAUCCCCAAAAGCCUCAGAAAGACACAGAGGAAUGCCUGGCACACAGCACACCAUUCACUCGGGGAUUAGAGCGGAGGAGCUCAGCUUCACACAGACUUUUACUCCACCUACUCCGCUACUCUGUACGCGUGGGUUGGUGGUGUGUGUGCAUGCAUACGUUCAUGUAUGCAAAUUCUGCAUGUAUGCAUGCAACGGUUAGACAAUCUCAAACAGGAAGAGGACUUUUCUAACUCUGCCAAGGGAGCGGGGUCAUGUAAGGAUGAAUGCUAAUUAGCAGUCGGUCAUAAAAAGAGGGCUGGCAAUCAGCUCUUUGAUACCCUGGGCUUUAAAAAAGCAGCAGGAGCUCGAAAGAGGCCAAGUCCUGUGUGCCAAGAUUGUGCAGCGCUCCAAAAACAAAUAUUUAGGCUGCCAAGUUAAAACUGCUUCCAAAUCAGGCUCUGAUGAUUCUUUAAAUAGAGAUAAAGAGUGAAUGUUUUCCCUUUCUGAUACCGAGACUGUUUGAUAAAAAUGUUGAUUGUAAAUAGUUUUAGAUUGUUGUUUUGUACCUAAUCAAAUUCAACUUUAUUUUUGUUGCAUCUUUCACCCAUAAAAGCAUAAAUCUGGGGUUUCUGUAUAACUCUAAACAGAUGCCCACUUACUGUAUACAAACAAACGACAACCACAAACAGUUUCAAGCAGACAAUUACUGUCAUGUCGUAAAAAAGCAACUAUUAGCUAACCUCCCGGCCUGCAUUAACAAAACAUCCAAAACAGCAACAGACGCAUCAUAUACUGAUUAUUUUCUGUCUUUUCAGUAAGUCUUUAUCAUGUUGAGCCUGUCGCUCAUCAUUCUGUCUUUCCUACUUGGGCGCCACUUUUAUUUUGACUUCCUCACAACCAUGCAGACAGCUGGUUGUUUGAUUGUUUUCCUUGUCUUGUGCCUCUGUACUACUUGGUGGAAAAAUUAUGUUCAUACAAGGUAACACAUGAUCAUCAGUCCAAAAAAGGCUGGAUGUACAAAUAAGCGCUCCUCGACAAGUCUCUCCUUUGUUACUUUGGAACAAAAAAAACAGAUCUGGACGGAAGAGUAGAUACUAAAUACUUUAUUGUGACAUUAUCAGUGAUUUUUGUUUGCAUUAUUAUCAUUUGACUGAAAUUAUUACAAUAAAGUCAGAUGUAGACAUUCAUCGUAAGCCCUCUGGAUCAGUUAUUGGCUUAGUCCCAGAGUCUCUUGAGUCUAUUGUUGAGAGGAGGACCAGGUCUAAAUUAAAAUUAAUCCUGGGCUACAAAGAUCAUCUGUUGCACUUUGUCUUUAAAGGCCUUUAAAGCUCACUUAGUGAGCGACUUGUGAUGCCUCGGUAUGCAAGGUCUGACUUGGCACUGCUGCAUAGUUUGUCAGGGUAUUUAUUUUAGUAUUUAUUCAUUUUUAUCAGGCGUUUGUUGUAUUUAAUCAUGUCCUUAUCUUUUAUUUUACCACUUUUAAAUCAUGUUUCAUCGGCUUUUCCUGUGUUAGUUGUGUAACUGUUGUUAAAUUUAUGUUUUUCUGAUGUCUCCAUGCUGUUUGUUGUCUGUAUGAGUCUUCUUGUCCUGGUGGUGAAAUAGUUUCCCUCAUGCAGGAUUAAAAAAGUCGACCUUACCUUUCCUUAAACACCAGGGCUCGGUGUAUCGCACGGGUUCACAGUCUAAACUUACUCCUGUGGUUCUUGAAAUGAACUUUGCUGCUUUCCAAUGUUUUAUCAUAUCAGACAAAACACACGUAAAACAAGCCUGCAAUUACUCCAUCCGUGAGCUCAUGACUCACAGUUAUUAAUUUGCAUGACAGACUUGUGUAUACUGAUCCACUUUGACACGGGUCCACAGAAAGCCAACAGGCUGUAACUGAAUGAUAGUGAAUUAUAAACCAGCCCUUGCGCAGAUGCUGACACUAUAAGCCAAAUAGGUAUUAGGACAUUACUGUAUGUCUGAUGUUAAUCGGCGUUUCCUCUGUAAUUAGAUAACCAUCUGCUCAUUUGUCAGUCUGGAACCUGAAGCACUUCCAUAAACAUCUGGAGCCCAGAAACCACCAGCAGCUGAUACAGUUUGAUCACACCAUCCCGGCUCGGAGCAGAUUUUUCUGAUAUUGAUCCUCAGAGGAGAAAGCUGAGAGCUGCAAACACAAACCUGCUGCUUUUAAUUAUAGUUUCAUUUUCUGCAGCAGCCGGAUUGUAAGAGUCCACAAGAAUAUACGGAGAGCAGAGGCCUGCGCUGUCAGAGGGAUGUAACAGUAGUAUCAGGUGGAGGUCUGUGUUAUUUAAACGCACACCUCACAUGCACGGUGUCGUGGUCGGUCUCGGUUUUGUGUGUUGUGUUUUAACAGGUGCGCAGAUUCACUCAAAUGUAAAAUAAUGUAAAGAGUGAUGUCGGGAGUUGAUGGUGAAGACAAUGAGGCAGCGGUGUGCAGCAGACACAUCAAUCUGUCGCUGAAGCUGCAGAGUGGAGGGAGUGAUGUUGAUUCUGGCUCUGUGCCGCCGCAGCGAGGGCUCACCCAUACGUGUCUGUUUGUGUGUUAUAACGCCACGGAGCAUCAGUUAGUAGAUUUAGUACCACGUUAUGGAUGAGAUGCCUGAUGUCAGCGCACUUUAUUGCCUCCUCUUCUCUCUGACCUGUGAGCGCUCUUAACAUUUUCCAGCGUUUUUAAGACCGGACUGUGAAACUUCAAUAUCUGACAGGUUUUCUAUUUGAGAGGAGAGCAUGAACCGUCAAAGUCUGGGGUUUUGGGACACUGUAUUCAACUUAUCCAAGUCCACGACAUGAGACUUUCUUAAACAUGCAGCAUGUCUGACACACCUAACUUUUAUCAGCCAGACUUCCAUGUCUGCACUGCUGAAACAGUUGUCAGGGACUCUGCUUUUAGAUCUGGUACUUGAGGUGCAGAUAUGAUAACUUGUGUCUCUGAAGUGGUACGAUGCGAAAACCCAUAUGGUCUAAGGGUUCAGUGUGCUUAUUGUAAAACAAACUAGAUCUAAAGAUAUGUAGAAUAAGUUUUUUUAUGAGGGUUUAUAACCGGGUUAAGUUUAAGUUUCUAGAGUCGUUAUUUGUUAUUAAACCCAGAAUUAAGAAAAAAAAAACUUUUGGUAAAACUUUAUUUGAUGCCUAUCUCGAUAACGCAUUAUAGAUAUAUGUAUAAUGCGUUAUAAUUAUGUUAUAGCACUGUAUGACUAUAGUUAUAAACACUCACAAAUGAUCAUAACACAUUAUAAAGCAUUUUAUCAUGACUUACAAGGUCAGGUAUUAUAAUGUGUUAUAACUGUUAAAAACUCACUGACAAUUUCCACAUAGACAAUGUAAUGCAACUGUUGUUAACACAGUUAUAAAACAUUAUAAUACCUGACCUUGUAAGUCAUGAUAAAAUGCUUUAUAAUGUGUUAUGAUUAUUGCUACAAAGUAUGAUAAUUGAUAAGUGUUUAUUACUACAGUUAUACAGUGCUAUAACGUGAUUAUUACACAUUUUAAUAUAUUUAUAAUGUGUUAUAGAGAGAGGCGUCACAUAAAGAGUUACCAAAAGAUUUUUUUUUUUUAAUUCUAGGUUUAAUAACACAUUACAACUUUCAAAACUUAACCCGGUUAUGAACACUCAUGAAGAACUUAUUCUACAUAUCAUAAAAAGUUUUAAAGUCAUGGAAUUAUAACUUUUUAUGAAUGUUUUAUGAGUUCUUUAUGAAUCUUUAGAUCUAGUUUGUUUUGUAAUAAAUCAUAAGUCAAACUCUUGUAACACUGCCCCUGAUUUUUCAAGGUGAAAAAGUUCUUUAUUUUUUGAGUCGUCUUUGUGGGUAAAAAACACAUGCAGCAGUGUGAACGCUCAGGGUGAACAGAAAAAGUGGUGCGUUUUCAAAAGAAAUGUUUUCAUGUGAAGGUAGUCCCGGCCCUUAAGUGUUUUUGGAUGUCAUAGUUCCUCUGGCUCUAACCCUAUUGAUUUCCCAAAUUGAGUUAACAUCCCAUCAUUGUAAAUUUCACACAUUUUCGUCAUUUAACUGCAGCAAUAAACGGGUGAUUCCUAAAAGUGCAGUGCUCUGAGGGGACCAUGGUUUAUGUUCUUACAGACUGUUUAUGCUGGCAGUGGAGCGUAUUUACUUGGACAGGGGGAUUAUCUGAUGAGAGGAUGUUGCAAAUAAAAUUCCUUCUCAGCACCUCUUCUGCCGCCGUCCCAUUUUAAAGUGUUGAAACAGUGGUCCUGAGCCAUUUCAGCGCUGUUACAUCCAAUGUUUUAUAAACCGACAAACCUCAGAGCGCAGCUGAAUACCUCCACUGAAAAAUAAUCCAAACUUAUGCAGUUAAAAUGGAGAUCAGGGAGUUAACAUGAAACGUCCCAGAGGCAACUGACAAAUCAAAUGAUUUGUUAUGGUGUAAGAGAUGGACAGUCCUCUCAGAGAGAAGCUGCAUCAUGAGGACAAUGGAAACAAUCGUGAAGAAAAGUCUUGGCUCGUGUCUAACCACACAUGUCUGCUGCUCUCUAUUCAUUUAUAGCAGUGCGGGGUGAGGCAGGUUUAUAGUUUGCUAUUGAAGCAGAAUAUUGUCCUGAAGGGAGUUUGAGUGGUUACAGUCUAGCAGUCAUGUCCUGGCUCUGCAUGGACGUGUGCAGUCCGUAUCAGUCACUGUGUCAAGUGGAGCUUUUGUGUUUGGUUGUCAUGGAUACUGCUGCAUCGUUUCGUAAAGAGAACAGAUCUUUUUAUUGUGGGUAAGAGAACGCAUCAGUUAUCAUAAACUCUCUCCUGUGUGUGAUUACAUGCUGACUUUAUAUCCACGGUGUGUUGGCCACAGCUCUCUAAGUUGUAAUAUGGGUGCGUUCAGAUCAACCUUGGACAAAUAAACCGUGUUUUGGACCAGACGCGUCCUUCAAACAGUCAGGGCGAAGGAUUUACUCACCCGGCGCUGAGUGUGUUUAGCAGCGGACACGGGGCAGGAUGUUUAGCUGAAGGUUUGUGGAUUGGCCAGCGCUGUGCUUGGCUGCAGCUGUGGGCAGAGAGUUUGAGCGCCUGUCAGCCUCUGGAUGGUAAUGAACAGGGUCAGAGUGAAGGGCCUGCAGGACAGGAAUGAAGCAGGAGUACGUUUUCGCUGAGAGCAGCAGUGUGUAGACUACACUGACUCCUUCCUUUUGCUUUUCAUUGAUAACACAUUUUUGUAAAAUAAUGUUUCAUUAUUUUUGUCAUUUUUUUGAUCCUGCAAAACUUUGUUUCUAAACACAUUUAUGAACUUUUGACAUCAGGGAGGAAGUCAUAACAAAAACUUUUCAGAGUACCUGAAGGACUACAGACAGAAUUUUGGUGAUAACUUAAAAAGUACUCCGAGUUAUGAUGGAUUUGUUUAGUGUUGAGUAGGGCUGGGAGAUAAACUGAAAAUUUACUGAUACUGAAAUUUACGACAAUAAUCAGCAUCAAUUUGCCCGUAUCAGUAUAUUCAGUGUCAAGAAAAAAUAAAUAAAUAAAAGUUGUUUUUGGAUGUGUGUAGGUAGGCUAUGGUCUCAUGUCCCUUUUUAAGAUGCUGUCCUACAUCAGAGACGUGACUCCACCCCAUCCAGUUUGUAACAAAGAGGGAAAGACAGGUGAGGAGACGGAGGGCGGUUCAAAAGUUGUAGCGGUCUGGAGCGGCUGGAGCGGCGGCUGAAGUAGACGAGGUUGAUGUGGAAGGGGGUGAGCAGCUUGUGGAGUAAUUAUUGUCCAUUUAUAUAAAAUAAAUGGAUAUAUCGUGAUAUUGAUUUGAGGCCAUAUCGCCCAGCCCUAGAGUUGGGUCUUAAAACUGCUUAUUAACCUUUUAAAAGUCUCGUUACAGACAGGGUUAACCCAGUUAAAGGGAGUGUGCAGUUUGGGCAGGGAGAGCUAAAGACUUCUAGAGUGUUAAAACAUUUAGUUGGCAGAACGUUAAUGCAACGUACAUCAAAUCUUUUGAAGUUCAAGAUAAUUUUCUGAUGAAUCUUGACUGUAUCAAAAGUAAUCUAACAGACUAAACUAGAGGUGUGUGAUAGUAAAGCAGAGGGACAGAGGGAGCACGAUGAGGCUAUGAUGAUCAUAAGUCUUGACGAGAUAAUAAUUACCAAUAACCUACUGCCUCGUCUUGUUUGAGGGUUAUUUCUUGUAGGUUGAGUCCAGUCUGUCAAAUAUAAUCAAAUAAAACUUGACAACUUCAAACUUAUCUGCCCUGGAAGUGUCUAAAAUGUCCUUAGAUCUCGUGCAAUUUUUGUCCACAGUGAUGUCAAAACCAUACGGAGUGAUGGAUAAAUGCUUUAAGGUCUGAAUAUUAAAACAGCCUCCACAUUUAAGGUUGGCAGGCGCAGCUCAGUGCAGCAUCAUUGGUGUUAAAAACUUGUGCAGUCAGCAGCGGCGUGCUAAAUGAAGUGCAUAUGCGUGUGUGUAGAGGUCUAAUUCUGCUCCUUACAGCUGUUUUUAAAGUUAUUGUGUGUCGGCCACUUGCAGCAGCUUUUUUUUUUUUUUUUUUUGGCUGAGUGAGAGGUGUGGCGUUUAAUGACUGUGGUGUGUCAGGAGAGUUUUAUACAGAGAGGUCACAGACAAGACAGACCCCUCCUUACUGCGCAAACGCAACAACGGGAGGAGAAGAAGAAGAAGAUUAAGAUGAUGUGACUUCAUCCAGUCAUGUCCUGGUCUGCAGCUCCGGAGUCCUGUUUUCAUUUGUUUCCUUGGCGACCACAUGAGACACAAAAAAAGACAGAUGAGGAGAAAAAGAAGGGGGCUGCACAUCACUAGAGAGGAUGCCAGCCGAGGUCACUGACAGGGAGAGUGACGCCAGGGAAAAGUUUACAAAGCAGCUUUUAUUUGGGUGAAGCGAGGUCAUGAGGGAGGUGCUGGGUCUCAUCGUGAGUCUGUGUUAUUGUGUCUGUCUUAAUAAAAAGUGUUGGGUGUGAGCUGCUGCGCGCUUUUAUUAGACAUCUGCUGCUUUCAAGUGGAGGAAACAUUAAAAGGCUGCUGGGUGAAGUUGUAGUGCAGCCUCUCCCGACCACACGCUAUAUCAAAUCAGCACCACAGAUGUGCCUACCACUCAUUUUAGCCACUUUACACAGACCGCAGCUUUGUUUGCUUUGAUUGCACCGAGAAAGUUGUUUCCAUUUUGCCAUGAGCUUAUAUUUUUCUGUUUUGGGUUUUCUGGGCAAGUACAAAUCUGUUACUCCGUUUUUAAAUCCUGCAGCUUUUUGCUCUCUCAUGUUCGUGUAAACAGCAGAUUGUGUGUCUGUGUUGUGGCUCUGUCUCCAAACACAAACUGCCUCUAUUGCUGUUGUGUUUCACCCGCUGAGACGGCCAAGGAGAGCAAUUGAGGCUCGUGUUAAAAAGAGUGAACACCGCCGCACUGCUACACCUAAAAACAAACGGUUAACAAACAGAGGAGGACGGUCUGCUCUGCACAGUAAUUAGAGGCAGAAGCUGGUGAGUGAUUCUGAAACAAAGCUCAAUUCUCCUGUAAUUACUAUCUACAAGUGCCCUGCAGGUUUCUCGGCAGUCUGGACAAAACCUCUGUGGGGUAAAUAGCUGCAGGUCUCAUGACAGAAAGCAGGAAGCCUGACAGGAGGAAGGUUAUGGAGGGUGAGAGCUGCAUCCUGUGCAGAGAGGUCUCAUCCUGCAGCCGCCUGUGCCCAGCAAGGCCAGUCUCCAUCCCAGAAUGCCAGUGGGAGCACAUGUCUUCAGGCCAGACAAACACCUCUGUCAGCAGACCGCAGUCACCCCACCAGUCAGACCGUUCAGCCCCGACGCCACUCUGUAAUUACACACCGCCGCCUGCUGAGGAGGGGGAGAUGCAGACCCCAUCGCUGCCAUCAGCAUCACUGCAGGCAUGUGCUGGAAAAGCAGAGAGAGUGAGAGACAGAGGGAGAGUGAGAGAGUGAGAGAGAGAGGGAAGGUGAGCUAAAGACAGCCCUGUCUGGCGCAGAGAGGCGAGGGGAGCGGCAGUAGACCCUCCUCCUUCCUGGGAAAGAUUACAGGCUGUGUGUGCGAGCACAUCUGGAGGGGCCGGAGGAGCUGAAAGGACUGAUGUGAGAAUCUGCAGGGGCCAAAUUGAAGAAGAUUAGUAAAACAACACUGCUGGUCACACCGAACAGGCCUCUGUCUGCAGUGUGUGUUUCAGUUUGAGUGGAUGUGCUUGUGAAAUAUCUACUGACAUCAAAAUGACGGUUAAUGACUGAGUUAGCAGGAUAAGGCCUCUCUAAGUGACGCACGAUACAACAAUGUCCUUCUGAAGUGGAAUUGCUGGUUUACACAGCUGUGUAAAAUACUUGAUUAUGAUUAGCUAAUACUCCAUAGCAACAGUCUGUUAUUGAUGACACACAGUUGCCAUGGAGACAACUUUAAUCAGGGGCAAGCUUACUGUUUUUGUGCCAAUAAACUGGAAAAAUCCCAGUUAACUUGACACUGUGGUUCGUCUGUUUAAAACUUUUUAAAAAUUUAACGUACAAGAGUUGAUAUGCUGCGUCGCAGUUACCUCGGAAGUCGAAUGUCGGAGCUGGGAAUGACGUUACACCCAAGUUGACGGCGUUCCAGUUAACAAGUUGGAAAACCGAGAUGAAUGCCUACAGUUAGCCAUUGUUAGCUGUUGUUUACAAUUGUCAGCUGUUGUUAGCCGUUGUCAGCUGUUGUUAGCUGUUGUUAGUUAUACCAGUUGUAAACAACGCAUAACACAGUAUUUUACUCUUACAAACACCAUAGCACCAUGUUCACAGUUAGAUGUUUGGCAGUACAACAUAAACCACUUACAUAAUUUCACAAAAACAAAAGAGAAGUGCUAAUAAAUAAAACAUUAUGAGAGCUUUCACUGUUACUCUUUACUGUUGAUGUACUGCGUUGUCAUUUUGGAUUAUGACGUUGUCAUCAAGUCGGGGUUGGUGAGGAUCGUCUGACUUUCCAAGUCAGAAAGCUCGGAAAUCCAGACUUCCAAGUACAACUGAAACACAGCAUAAGGCCUCUCUAAGUGACGCAUGAUACAACAAUGUCCUUCUGAAGUGUAAUUGCUGCUUUACACAGCUGUGUAAAAUACUCAAUUAUGAUUAGCUAAUACUCCAUAGCAACGGUCUGUUAUUGAUGACACACAGUUGCUAUAGAGACCACUUUCAUCAGGGUUGAGCUUGCUGUUAUUGUGCCAAUCAGCUGAGAGAAUCCUAGUUAACUUGACACUGUGGUUUGUUUAUGUUCAAAACUUAUAAAACAUUAAACGUACAAAGGUCGAUAGUUUUCAUGAGACGUCAGCGUUUAUGUACGUUUAAGUAAGGUGACUUGCAUAAAAUGUUCCGUCCAAAGUACAAGUGCAUAAAUCUUUUCUUCAAGUGCAGUGACCAGUCUAAACAUCAUCAAUUAUUUACCGCCUUUGUAGUGACUGAUGGAGGCCUCGCUCUGUGGAGGGUGUGUUCAGGGACGACUGUUUGCUGCCCCACUCUGCCUUACCCUAAGUGUCUGUGCUGAUUGAUGAGGUGCAAUGCGUGUGUGACCCUGCACGCUCUCACCUCAGGGUCUUAGAGGCCUUAGCGUGGUUUCAUUUGCAGCAGGUCCUUGCAACACCUCACAUAGACUCGUAAACCAGAGCAGAUGUAGACCUGAAACCUUGGUGCACUUGUUUUCAGCCCGAACACGGAGUAGAGAUGAGGAUUCAGGCUCAGCUCAGCUCAGCUCUGAAUCCUCAGGGAUCAAUUACCUGACCGGUUGUUUUAACAGGAGUGCUCCCUCUCACCUGUGAUUACUGCUGAACCUGUCCAGUGUGUGGGCUUCCUCUCUCUCAAGCUCGGGGGGGAAAUUCAGGGGAAGGAAAUGAUGAAGUGUGUCCAUCACCUCAUAAAGGAGACCUGCAGGGAAACAGAGGUUAACACUGGAGUUCAGGCGCAGGUUUGUCGUGUCCAGAGCACCAAAACCAGAUGACUUAGAGCUAUCAGCUGUUACAUUAAUGAGCAACACUAACCACGUGUACAUGUGCAAAAUUUCUUGAUCCGAUUAAAAAUUUGAGGGAUCAGAUAAUCUGAAUCCACUUUUUAUAUCGGUGCAAAAUCAAAUAAUCCGAUCAUGCACCAAGCUUUAUUCAGAUCAGAAUAAGUGUUUACAUGGAUGCGUUUCGGAACAACGAAAAACCACCCCUCUCGAUCGGAAUACAAUUUCUUUCCGAUUGAGCCGAGUUGGAAUCUUCCGAUUGACAUGUUUACAUGAUGCAUUUUUAUUCCGAUCGGGCAUUUAUUCUGAUUAUUUGUGCCCAUGUAAAUGCAGCUAAUAAGUUUGAUACAGUUGCUCUAUAUUGGCCUGGACCACUCACUAUUAUACUGCCUGCAGCUGGUACAAAAUGCAGCUGACCGUCUCCCCACUGUUAAACGCAAGCAAGAGAACAUAUCCCCUGUCCUAGAUUCGCUGCACUGGCUCCCAGUUGCUUUUAGAUUAGAUUUUAUUUAAAUGUAAUUUAAUUGUAUUGUUUGUUUUUAAAACUCUCAAUGGCCUAGCCCCCCAGUACUUGUCUGAGCUCCUUCAUAUUCAUGCCUCUGCCAGAACAUUGAGGUCUUCUAGUCAGCUGCUACUGGUCACCCCCAAAACAAGGCUAUAGUCCAAAGGUGACUGAGCCUUUGCCCUAGGCUAUGGAACAACCUGCCCCUGCACAUCCUCUCUGCAGGAUCGAUUGAGGUUGUUAAGUCCUCCCUAAAGACUCACCUCGUCUCCCUGGCUUUUAAUCAAGUUCAAAUGGACUUCUGGAACAAUUUUAACUUGAUUUUAAUCUAUUUUAUUUAUUAUAAUUGUUGAAUUCGCACUUUGCUCAUCCCUGCUGCUUUAAAUCUGUGCAGCACUUUGGUCAACCCCAGUUGUUUUAAAUGUGCUCUAUAAAUAAAGUUUGAGUUGAGUUUUUAAAAGGACUUCAAAUACAACAGAAAGACGGAGGAGACUUGAAUGAAACAGCAUCUUAGUUUGAUGUUAACGCAGGUAAAAGAAAGCACACACUCAGCAAACGUGGUCUGACUCAACACUGUUCAGCUUGGUGUGUCUGUAGGAGUGCAGAGCUCCCCUUUAGUAGAUUGGAUGUGUGUGUGAGUGUGCAUGUGUGUGUGUGUCUAUUCUCAGUCUGUCCAAAGCAAAGCUCAGACAGAGACAAACACUUCCUCGGGUUUUUCUGUCAGCAGCAGGUCACUAAUGAUGCUGCAGCGCUGAGCUCAGCUAAUUGACCUGACAGAGAUGGAUCAGGACCUUACACUCUGCUGUGUCUACUCACUGCUUUGUGUGUUUGUGUGUGUUUGUACGUGUGUUGUGAUGUUUGCAUUCAGAGCUGCUGCCAAGACCUGAACUAAAUCUACCAACUUUGUUUUCAAACUUUGAGAUAACAAACUUUUCGACAAACUUCUGCAGACUUCCUGAGAGACCUACAGAAGUCUCACGCCCGUCUUUCUGUCGGAGAACAAAUAAACCUCUGGAGGUGAUGAGCUCGGAGCAUCAGGCAGUCGGCACGGCUGAGUGUGAGAUGUGUGUUCUGGUUGGCAGGACUGACUGGACUCUUAGCGUGAGGCCUCCAGUUUAUUUUCACUGGGAGAAUAUCACUGAAAGAAUGACCCUGGCCCAUUAGUAAUACAGCCUGCGUGCACUUUCUCACACACUCACUCACAAAUGGAGAAACCCUGCGCAAUAACUCGUGCAUACACACCUCAGUGUGUAGAGUGAGAUGUGCAGCUGCAGUCAUUGCCCCCUUGGCUGUCUCUGCGGUGGUCCCAGCAGAGCUCCAAGUGGGAUCAUUGAGGCCAAUAAUAAUAAUUAGUCUGGAACAAAGCUGUUUAAUGAUAAUAUAAUGACAUAAUAGUGACAGAAGGUUGCUAAUGUGGUGUUGCAAUUUAGUCUCAGAUGCAGUCAGUUCAGAUCGAGGGGUUUCCCCUCUGGCCUUGUUCACACUUGGCAUUAAUGUACAGUCUGUUUCUGAGGAGAGCAGCUCUCUCUCUCUCUCUCUCUCUUUCUGUCAACACUACGAGGUCUUAAGCUUUUUUUAAUGUGUCCUAUAAAUGCACAUGUGUUUUUAGCAAUUUACACAAAGAAUAUAACAUGAAUUAGGGACUUUAAUACAAUCAGCAGUAGGAGUAGGAAUCACCAGUGGCCCCACGAUACAAUAUUAUCAUGAUACUUGGGCCACGAUACGAUAUUAUAGUAAUUAUGUUGUACUGUAUUUUGCAAUACAGUGAGUAUUAUAUACUUUUUUCAGCUGUCUAGAUGAUUUAGCAUUUGUCUUUCCUUUAUGUCGAGCCUGUCUAAUUAUGAUACUCCCUAUUUAUUAACCUUUCAUGUUUUAAUGUAAAGACACUGGAACUAACACAAAUCAGAUUUUAUUUAAUUUUAUUUAAUCACAUGAAAUUUCAGAGUGAUGCACAGGCAGUUAAAGAUGAGAGGUCUGUGAUAAUACAAAUGAAAAACAUCAUUUAAAAUUUAGAAAAUAAGAAAUUUUGACUAAAGUUAGAAACAGUUAACGUUUAAAAGACAUGCUAAUAGUACAUCACAAUAAUAAAUAUAAAUGACACCAAAUUAUAUCCACAUAUGAAACCCGAACUCACAUUGAUACAUGUUAUUCCUGUUUUUGAGCAUCGCGCGGUAAAGUCAGGAGUGUGUAUUUAAAACAAAGAGGUUAGCUUUUGGCACAAUCAUAAUUUGAUUACAGUCAAAUUUACAAAUGUUGAUUUUUCACUGUUACUCCCGAAUUUAAAGCUCUUAAAAAUGCCCCCUAGUAUCAUGAAUAUUAUGGGAAAUAUUUACUUACUUCACGUAACUUAUUCGGUUUCAGUUUUAUUUUCAUGUAGCACAUCUUGCAAACCUUUCAUAUAUUUAUUGCACUAAAUUUAUCCUGCUUCUCGAUGUCACCUCUGCCAACCUCACUGGACAAACAGUUUAUUUUAUUUUUCCAUUAUCAUAGAUUUGACUUCAUAUUAGCAAUUACUUUGAAAAAAUUGAUACUUGGUAAGCGAGACGAUACGAUAUAUCAACAGACAAAAUAUCGCGAUACUAUGCUGUAUCGUUUUUUUCUCCCAGCAGAAAUCAGCAGGGUUCUGUUGGGGAAAAUAAGAUUAACUCCGAUAGUUUGACUGAAUUUAACCUGAAAUCUUGUGUUUUCUUCAAGCAUGAGAGUCUGGUGGUCGGUUUCCUCAGGUUUUGUGUUUUUGUUUCAUCAAGCGGAGGGAAAACAGACAUACGGGAGUGCAUGUGUGGCUUGGCAGACCGCUUGUUCAUCGGCCUGUCUAUCUGGAGCCCCCAGCUAUACAUGCUUCAAAAGACCGUACCCUGUAGAGCUCCUCUUGACUUCUGGAUGGCUUCAGAGCUCUACAUAAACUCGACUUUAAAUCAGUUUUAUCUGCACUAGGUGUUCUGCAAAAUCUGAUUUUAUCCUUUCUGGUGACUGCCAGGGUCCUGAGGCCUCUCGGGGCUGUAUUAGAUCUUUAUCAGAGUAUACAGCGCUUAUUAUCAUGCACUUGAGUAUGAGCGGUCCCAAAGGCCAUCCUUCAUAAUCUGCUGGAUACACAAACCCAAUUAUGAAAGAGGGAAAGAAGAUAACCUUCUGGAUGUGACCUCCCCUCAUCUCCAGCUCAGUUUCCUAUAAGCUCUUAUUGCACCAGCAGGGGUACGGAUUAUUUAAAGUGUGUUUGUAAACAAAUUACUUAACUCUGUGUGUGUGUGUGUGUGUGUGUGUGUGUGUGUGUGUGUGUGUGUGUGUGUGUGUGUGUGUGUGUGUGUGUGUGUGUGUGUGUGUGAUACAAAAGUGGAGCAAGAGACAGAGUGCUGAUGUCAGGACGGCCUCUGGUCCGCUGAACUCUCCGCGGGGGUUUUCUCCUAAUGAAGAGCUCUGACUCUGUCACUGGUUAUGGCCCAGUGCAACUUGGGGUCAAAGGUCAAAUACAUUCACACAUUUCUCUAACCCCCCUGCCGAGGCAAUUAGCCCACUGAGAACAAAGAGGUAUACAAUAUGCUGCGUCUGUUGGGGGGCAUUCAUUAACCGUGAUGAUGUUAUUGUUGGAGAAGAGAGCAAUAGAUCAUAGCAGCAGAGGUAUUCGAGUCAUCCUCCACACACACACACACACACACACACACACACACACACACACACACUGCAGCCUCGUGCUUAACACACACUCCUGGGAGUCCCAGAGAGAAAGCGGGGGGAUUGCAGGAUCUAAACUGUUUUGUUGCAGACAGACAGAGAGAGAGAGAAAAAAAAGGUCUGCUGUGUGUUGAAGACAGUUGUCCUUGGACUAAAGUCGCCUCAGUGCGUCAUACAGUGACUCCAGUGUGGGUGAGGGGAUCCUGGUGCUCAAGCUUUCUUUUCUCUGGAGGGAAAAAUGGAGGUGCCGUUCAGGGAAAAAGAUAGAUCUCCUAUCCAGAGCAAUCCUCUGUGAUUGAAUACAGCCAUUUGCUCCGAGAAAACAUCCUCAGCACACACACACAUCUUUCUUCGUCUCUUUAAUUUAGAAUUUAAAGUGUGUGUUCUCUUCAUAUCUGUUUGUUUUGUCAUCAAAUCAGAGGUGAGUAUUUUGAGAUCCAGAGGGUUAAACAUGCUGCAGAUAGUACAGGGUUCAGGAUCUCAAAAUCCAACAGACCAAUAACCACAGGAUAGUUUUUCAUUUCUCCUCAGUGAAGCAGCAGACUCAGGCCCAGAGGGCUGUGAAUUUAAGACCAUGCAGUGAUUUCUACUGCUGAUUCAUGUCUGUUUUUAAUGCAAUGCCAGCUUAGAUUACAUGUGGUGUGGUUUUUGUUGUACAGGGAUGUCCUUAGAUUCUCUAAAUCUUUCAAAUCAUGCGUCACAGUUAAUGAAAUACCUGAAAUCUUUGCAGUUUUACCCUGAUAACAUUAUUCUGAAAAUGUUGAACUAUCUGGCCAUGCAGUUUUCCUCAUCCUUGCAUUCCUAUUCAUGCCCGAUCAUGUGACUAACCGUACUCGUCAUAACUUUCUUUAGUGUUUCUGUCAAAUCUUUGAUACGUGCUGCGGUAUCAGAUUCUAAAUGAGCAAAUCUCUGUCAUAAAACAAUCGAGUUUCUCUAGUUUCAACAUUUGAUGAAUUGCCUUUGCACUCUGUAAAUCACAUACGGGGUUCACAGGAUUGAAUUGUGUUUUUACUAACAUAUUACUCAGUGCACCGACUUUUUUGGAAUUGGUUUGUACAUCCAAUCGCUCAUACUUUAAAUCCACACACUUUGGUAAACCUCUGAGGAACACCAAGAGCCUAAAAGAGUGAAAUCAUGAGUGCAGAGGUUGAGGUGUGGAAUCGUCUGUGCAGUCUCACUUUACCCUGAACCAUGUGUUUUCUUGCCCUCUCUGUCUCUCAGCCCGGGUAAUCACCAAACCUGUUAUGUUUUCCUGUCUUAGGUUCCCUUAUGUUUAUUUUUCUUCAUGACAAUAAGCUCUCCGUUUCCCUGUCUGGGGUUUACAGUGGUCAGAGACAGAUCCUGAUUCCUAAUGUUUCAAUAAAUGCAUGCUGCUCUCGGAGCAUAAUCUCCUGUAAUAGCUCAAUACUGCAUGUGCUGUAUCACGGCUGCGUUCUAGUGUUGCACUUGGCCCUGUCUGUGUUUGCUGGCCACUGAAUGGUUGUGCUCCCUGGUGGGUAAUGAGGUGCUGAACCCGGCCUCUUGUUUGUAUCAGGUGCACCUGGGCCGACCAGAGCCAGACCAAGCCGGACAAAGAAGUCAGUCUAGGUUUCCCACAAAGGUCUGCCCAUUCAAAACACCCAGAACCCGCAGAAACAACCUCCCACACUUCAUAAAAUGAAGGCAAGAUACAGAACGCGAGCUGAGGCUACCCGUUCUGUCUGCACAAGGAAACUAUUGUUUGUCUUUACACGCCCUCUCUCCCAGGCUUUGAGUUUUUAUGCUCUCUAAAGACACAAGGCAAAAGAAAAGCCACUUGGCAAAGAGGCACAGAGCGCGCUGUUUGUCUCUUGGAAAUGUGACAGACAAAAGCUGUGACUGUGUCUCUGCUGAUUUUCACUUCUGUCAUUGCUUCAACCUCACGACUUUGUGCCAGCUAUUCCUGGCUGACAGUCAGAGGCUCACCUGGAGGAAAGCAGAGGAACAACACAACAUUGAUUUUUCUGGAGUCUCCCACGGCGACAGACCUUCAGUCAACACACAAACGGCGUAUAGUUUCAUUCAGAACCACUGGAGUUAUUUUUCUGAUCAUUGAAGGAUCAGGACCAGUUUGCUCUUCUCUGUUCUCUUUGUCCCCUCCACAAUCGUCAUGAAUAUUUGUGGGACUUCGGCUUAAAUUUACACAAGCAUGUGUUAAAACUACCAAACAAAAGAGUCAUUGAUUAUUUACCGACUUUUAUCGAUUUAUUUCUCCAGUACCUGCUCCACUAGAAAGAAAACAGUUGCCUUUUCUAACAAACUUUAAUGAGGUUUUGCAUUUAUCCCUUGUAAGGUAACAGGUUGAUCGUUACUUUAUGAAAACAAGUGUCUAUUAAAGCGAACCCUGACUUUGGUCUUCCUCAUAAAGUCUGAUCUACUACACACCCAUGUAUCGAGGCCACGUCCACACUGUUGUUUCCAGAAUUUCUGCAGAAAGGAAAAACUGCUUCUGGCAGAAUCAUUCGGUCUGGACGUAGUUCCUCUGAUUUAUGGGCUGAAAUUAACAUUUUCAUUACCUUUUAUGUUAAUGCCUAUCCUCUGGAAUAAUCACUCAAUUGUUUUCAUUCAUUUUCAGUCAGGGGAAAAUGUUAAUAUAGCUUCCAAAAACCCAACGGGAUGUCCUCAGAUGUCUUUUUUUUGUCAUUCCAGCAGUGAAGAUGUCAUCUUUGAGGAGCAUAACAUGAAAAAAACACACAAUUAUUUUCAUAUUUUAGCAGCUAAAACAAAAGAAUGUCUAUUUCUUGUUUAAAGAUUAUUUGGAUAAUCCACAUUUCUCAUAAUUUUAACAGUAACCAGACAUGGCAUGAGUUCCUCUUUGAGUUAUUAGAGUGAACAGAUCGUUGUGAGACUGAGAGUCCACCUGAGUCAUGAUGUGUAUAAAUGUUUGAAGAUCAUAUUUUCAAGGUCAGGAAACCACUUUAACUCUGACGUACUCUGUGUGUUUAACUUCUACAGAGGGAGCGAACCAACUCGUCGCCCAAGAGGCAGUGAGGAAACCGUCCACGCUGAGACGCCCGCCCACAAGAUCAGGAGAGUCCAUCUCAAGUAAGAGCUAUGUGUUUGACUGCUUUGUUCAUAUGCCAUAUAACAAAGAUAAUUUACAGGUUUGAGUGUCUGCUUCCUUUAAGUUUUGAGGUUUAUUGUGUUUGUUUUUUUGGAGAUUGUCUCAACUGCAGUCGAAUCACGGCUUUAAGCGACAGAUUGAACUCGCUGGAGUCGAAGGUAUGGACUCUUCUUCUCUCGUUAUCUAAAUAACUGAGACAUACUAAAGAUCUUCAGUAAACAAGCUCAUUGUUAAUUACCAUCUCUUGUUUUAUGUGUUCUGGUCCCAGGUCCAAUUACUCUCCUCUCCAGCCUCUGAGUCUCAUCGCCACUUACAGGGAAAAGGAGGAGCCAUAGCAGAGGCCUCGUUACUGAUGGGGGCAGCGCCCGCUCAGGGAGCUCCCGGUGAGCAGGGGCCGGCUGGUUAGUAAAGUCCACUGUUAUCUGUCAUGGAGACAUUUAAAGUUUUUACACACUGCAAACUUCAACAAGUCUUGUGUGGAUUUUUCGGUUUUUAUAAUUGAGUCAGAAAUCUCUCACUGAAGCUUUUCUCAAAGAGUAGCGACUCUUUUCCAGCUCUCUACCUGCUCAACUCUAUUUCCUCCACGACACACACUCACAGUAGCCACGUUUACAUGGGCCAAAUGUCUUGAUCUGGUUAAAAGUUUGGGGGAUCGGAAAAUCUGAAUCCACUGUUUAUAUGGGCGCAAAAUCAAAUAAUCCGAUCACAAUCACAGCAUUUGGACAAGCGUAGAGUUGUCUGAUUUCGCUAAAACAACUGCAGAAGAAGAGUUGUGUUUAGGCCUGUGCUGUCAACAAACCAACAAACGCGGUAGUUGCUCUUUUUUUCCCCCCAAAGUUAAUUUGAAUUAGUGAUAUGUGGUACAUUUUAAUUUAUAAUGAAAUACAUAACAAUCUCCAAAGAACUCAUCUGAGGAAAUAACUGCCUGCACUCCAAACAGCACAAACCCAUAACACAUUAACAAGCUAAAUAAAAUAAAAAAAGUAAUAACAGGGGGUGACAUUUCAACAAAAAGUGCUUUAAGCAUGUUAAAGAAAUAGGAUUAAAUUUAAAGAACAAGAGACUUUGACAUUGUCUCAUACAGUUCAUUCAUAUAUUAGUUUUUAAUUUCAUUCCUAAAACAGUUUAUGGUGGGUUUGCUGUUGUUCCAUUUAUUCUUGUGUAUAUGAUAUUCAAAUAGAUUAACUCUUGAAAUUUGUGAAACAGAGAAUCGUUAAUCCCAAUACUUCAUCCAAUUCAGGAUUUUUUUUUUCCCCUGUUAAAUGUUGUCACUAGAUGGCGCCCUUGCAUACUUAUUUUACUGUUCUGUCAAAGGUUGCACUGUGCGUGCAGAUGUGACAUCAUUACGCCGUACGUAAGCCUUGUUAUGUUACCGGAGGAGCAGACACAGCACCUGUGGUUGUGUUUUAUGCCAGAGUGUUAAUAAUGAAACCUCCUGAAAUGACCUCAAUAAAUAAAAAGUGAAGAUCGAGUCAGAUUAGAGAGUCAAGAUCGGAGUAAGUGUUUACAUGGACGCGUUUGGGAAUAACAAUCGGCAUAAACGACCCCUCUGGAUCGGAAUACAAUUUCUUUCCGGUUGAGCCGAAUUGGAUCAGAAUCUUCCGAUCGACAUGUUUACAUGACGCAUUAUAUUCCGAUUAUUUGUUCCCAUGUAAACGCUGCUAAUGACUGUGCUGCUCCGUGAGUCCAGUCACUUGUGCUGCUCGUUUUCAGCUCUCUGCAGCUGUUGGAGAACUGAACACAGACCCAACAGUGAAUAACUUAAUUCUUGUUUGUGCAAAGCUUGGAUUAAUUCUUAUUGAAUGAAGAGAGCGCAGUGAACCUUUCACCAGGGUCAGUUUAACAGCAUCAUUGACCUGCAACAAUAGACAUUUGAAACCACUCAGCCUGCAAUCAGUCCUCAUUGACCUUGAAGUGGGUCAAGAUUUUAAAAUAUCCCAGUUAACGAAGUAUUUCGGAACAGAAAUAUAAAUCAAAGAUAAACACUGUCUCUCUGCUCGAGUACUUUGACAGAGUUUCAGGAGUUUCAUCCUCCCUCUGUGGGUUACACACCAACUCUCUGUGGCGUGGGUCCAAUAUCUGAGCCUCAGUUAAGUCGUCUCUCUGUUUUAAUUACAGGUCCUCAGGGUGAGAAGGGGAAAGAUGGGCUUCCUGGCAGAGAUGGUAAGUUGUAGCCAUGGUUACCUUUGAGUCAAUGAAAGUGAAACCAUCUGAAAUAUAAACCAGCUAAGGCUGCAUGAUUACUAAUGACUGUUUCCUCUUUUUAGGGAAGCCAGGGACUCGUGGGCUGCCAGGUCCAAGUGGGCCUCGAGGGGAUAAUGGGUGGAGGGGUCCGCCUGGAACUCCUGGAUCAAGGGGAACCCCCGGACCUGCAGGUAGGAGAGGACAGAGACCACAAAUGCAUCUCUAUGCCGACUUGCUAGUCCACUUGCCGUGUUGGCUGCUGAAAAAGACAUUUGAAUGGCUGUUGACCUAAAACCUGUGGAAAAAUCCCAGAGAUCUCCAACAAAACUCUGACUUGGCAUUAUUUGUCUUUCUCUUAAACCGCUCGACUCGCCCACAGACCCUCCAGUGGUGAAUGUCGGAGCAUUCCAGCGGCCCCUGAGGCCUGCUGGUGGUAAAUUCGCUGGCAUUUGGGCAUUUCAAAAUCACAUGUUACUAAAAACAGCCUUUGUUAUUUAGACUGCAGACCGAGAACACACAGUGAAUCAUUAAUCUGCUCCUUAUAUUCUAGUUUCUCUGCGUAUGUACAAAUAAUAAAUGAACUGUUUGGAAAAAUCAAACCCAUAGGUAGCUGUGAUUUGAAUAAUAAUUCUCUGCUAACGUCAGUAUGAGUGUGUAGCAACAUCUGCUCUGUCUAUACGCUGUUAUCCCUGUUCAGGAUCAUGAAGGGAGUGCCUCCUCUCGCAGGCGAACAUAUGACCCCUGCUCAGUGCCUGCUGCUGGGUAACCAUGAGAUUUAGAGCAAAAGUUAAACUACAAACCCACUUUCCGAGAAGCGCCAUGUGACUUCAAUCUGCACCGAACAUGAGCUAUAUAUACACAAAUCCCAGAUCCUUAUGAUUUCCAUAUGCUUGUGGUGUUAUUGUUUUUUCUAUCUCCAUUACUUCAUAAGUACCCAAAACUGGUGCUGUGUCUUACAUCCCAAGCUGUGUUUUCGUUAUUGUGCUGAUUUUUUCAUUUCAAAGAGAAAGAUAAACAUUGGACUGGAAUGCGUCCAGUUUCGUGGAAAACGUAGAUAAAUAUGUUUUAGAGUCUGAGGUUAUGGGAAAGAUGGGAGAAGAAUGAACUCAUUGUGUCGGGAGAACUGAUAUUCGACGUUAUGAUGAAUCCUGAUAAGUUAAAGGAGAUUUGUUUUACAAGCUUUGACUCGUAUUUUGACGCGGCGUCCUCCAGGGUGCUAUAAUUCUGAUGGCAAAACGAAAAUUGUUUUCCCCGUCGUGUCACAUAGAUUUUACAGGGCGGCUCUGAUUGGCCAUUUGAACCACCGUGCCACAGAUUAGAGCCUACAGACUCCCUCGCUGCAGCCAAAACACACUCAGUCAUGCUGUAAUGAUUAGCAAGGCAAAGUGAAAAUGGCCCAGAGAGGUGUCAAAUCUGUAAUACCAUUAGUCUGUAAAGUAGUAAUUAGAGAACUGUCAUUGGAUGUUGCAUCAGCACAUAAACAGAGAAGUGGUGAGUUUGGGUCCAGUUAAGAGUAAGAUGAGCAGAAUUACCUCAGGAGAGUUUUUUAAGACCAGCUACAGGCUGUUUGUGAUACCAACACAUGUGGAGAAGCUGGCGGAGUUCGUGCAAUAAACAUUUAAUUCACUAUGAACCCUCGCCAGUAACACUUUAUAGAGUUUAAUGGUGUUUAUUUGAGUUUUCCCACGCCCCUCCUCUGGACCAUUCAACACUCUCCUCCUGUUAGUUACAGAGAAAGUCAACCAGUUCACUUCUCCUCCUCUGUCCAGCUGCUGAGUUUAACACACACACACACACAGAGGCACAGAGAUAUAAAGGAAUACACACUCCUGCCAGGCAGUUAUGUUGCACCAUUCAGCACUUUAUCUAAUCUGUUUCCUCUCUGGUCUUUCUCAUGGUUUAUCCUCCUUUCACCAGGUGAUAUAUCACUACCAGUCUGCUGUUCUGCUCAGCCUCUCCGGAGGGAACAAUCACGAUCAUACUUUACAUUAUCAUCCCUCAUACCUAUCAACACAUGUCUGCUUCUGUCUUUCCUACCCUCAGGCCCACGUGGUCCACCAGGACUCCCAGGAGAUAGGGGUCUACCUGGACCACCCGGCCCCCCAGGGCCUCCAGCACCGGCUAGUGCCCAUAUCCCAGAUCCAGACCACAGUAAGAUCCAGACCUGGACUCCUAACAUAAAAUCUCCAUAAAACACACGAUAUACCACAUAGUUCAAACUUCUUGUUGUGUUUGAUAUUUACUGUCGUCACACAAUAGUUGAUGUGUUUUCCUCAGUUGUGUUCAAGGUUGGAGUCAGGUCAAUAUGAUUAAAAUCUGGCCUUUCAGACUGUCAGACUGAGCAGUUUAAAAAAAUUCAAAACAUUUUUUUUCGAUUUAAAGGGAUAUUCCGGCGUAAAACAAGUUUAGGUCAAACACUCCAUAACACCAAGAUAGACACCCCCUCCAGAGAUGAAUGUUGCUGACUGCUUGCUUCUCUAGUUAUACCAACUAUAGUAACGACCGCACGAUAGCAAUACACAGCAGUCUGAGGAGCCAUAAACAAACCUCAACCAAAACACCACUCUAUAGCCACAAAUAAUGCUCAGAACAGCUCCUAACUUCAUCAACAGUACAUAUAGGAACAUCUUUUUAACUUUGCCUAAUUUCUUUAGCAAAGAGACUAAACACAACUCGCCUACUCUCUUCCAGCAUCCGGUUGUUUGUAGCGAGACCUCAGGCCAGUCCAUUACGGACUACAGCAGGGUUACGCAGCUCAAGGAAGAACAUUUAUGAUCAUUUCUUUAUGGAAAUGCAAUCAGACUGAGAUGCUAAGGCAGAAGAACUACCGCGUCUGCAGUGCAAAAUGAAUAAUAUGGUGAUUAUUACUUCAAGGAAGUGAUGAAAAAAUGAUCAUAAAUGUUCUUCCUUGAGCUGUCUCACCCCUGCUGUAGUCUGUAAUAGACUGGCCUGGAGUCUCGCUACAAACAAACGGAUGCUGGAAGAGAGUAGGUGAGUUGUGUUUAGUUUCUUUGCUAAAGAAAUUAGUCAAAGUUAAAAAGAUGUUUGGUGGCUAGUACUGUGGCUGGGACCCUGUAUGUACUGUUGAUGAAGUUAGGUGCUGUUCUGAGCAUUUUUUGUGGCUAUAGAGUGGUGUUUUGGUUGAGGUUUGUUUGUGGCUCCUCAGACUACUGUGAAUUCCUAUCGUGCGGUCGUUACUAAAGUUGGUAUAACUAGAGAAGCAAGCAGUCGGCAACAUUCAUCUCUCAACGGGGGUGUUUAACUCGGUGUUACGGUGUGUUUGACCCUAAAUUUAUUUUAAGCCGGAAUAUCCCUUUAAUAAAUUCCUCUUCACUUUUAAAACCUGUCGCUGAUAAACCCACAAAACUUCUGAAAGUUUGGACUGUGAUUCAUGUUUGUUAUGCUUGUAGCAGCUAAUGUAGCAGAGAUGAUGUCACAAAGUUCUGGUAUAAAAAACUUUUAAAGUCUCACAUUUUCUUAUUUUUUAAAAUCAAACUUGUCGUCCACUCCUCCAACCCAAACUGAUUCAUGUAACAUCACAAGUUUUGCUCUAAUGCGAGAACAUAAAUUCACUGUUAUCAGGUAGCCUUACAUAAUUUUCACACACAUUUCAAACUGCUGAUUUUCGUGUGUGUUUAGCAGGCAUGUUCUCUCCUGCUGCAUGAGAGCUCCCACGGGUUUUAAGGCUAAUGAGGAACAAAAGAAACAAAGAGAAAGGAAAGCAGACAGGAUGGUGGUAAUCCCUUAACUGCUACUUGCUCCUUAUUGUCUGCCGGCCAAGUAGAGCAGAAUCAAAGAGUAUUAAACCGAGUCAGACACAGUCUGAGGUUGAUGCAGACUUCACAUGCUGCGAUGAGAACCUGUCCAUCACUGAUGUCACUCAACAACUUCCAGAUGUAGACCCGUGAUCAGACAGCAGGGGGAGGGGAGGGGGGAGUGUGAGAGAAAGACAGGGGCCCUCAGCGGCUCCUUCAAGGUCAACACAUCGGGGGGAUUUUACGUGUGGAUUCAGGGGUAAAACAAAGUAUGCAGCACACAGAUUUAAGCUCCCAGUUCCUGUGAGAGGAAAGUUUUGGUAGGUUGAAGUUGGUAUGAUGAUUUCCAAGACUACGAGCAAUUUCAUUCACAUCAAAGUAACAGUAGGGGACGUAGAGGGGGUGGUGGUCUGUGCUGAGCUUCCUUUUUAAAACACUGGCUUAUUUGGUUUUCAUGUUUGCUCCAGGAGGUUAGAAUCCCCUUCACUAGAACAGGGAGACAGGCUGUGGAGGAGAAUCAGACUUAAGUGUUAUUAAAGGGCUUUGGUACACUUUUAUUUGAGAUCCCAGAGCUUUCCUCAUGAGGAAAUGAAGAAAGAGUUAAGUAAUAGAGAGAGACGCUCUGUUUUGGGUGUCAUUUCUGGUUAUGAUAUUUCGGACAGUGCAGCUUUCAUGCAGCUGGGGGUGAAUCUCCUCCUCCUCCUCCUCCUCCUCCUCCUCUCUGUAUCUCCUGAUGUCUCACGCUGCUAUUGGAUCCGUGUUUCCUGUCAGCAUUGAGUGACCCAGUGACCGCACAUUUCCUCGAUCACUCACACGCUUACCACCCUCUUCCUCUUGACCCUUCCUCCUUCUAGAUGUAGAUGUUACACAUUAAAACGACAAAAAAAAAGUCAAUUGUUUUGUUUUUAUGUGAAACACUUGUCUCCAUUAACAACUUUUAGAUGCAGAUUUUUACACCGUCGAAGUCGAUUGAGUAAGUUUGAGCAUUUGUUGGAAAACACUGCCCCCUGGUGGUAGAGACAGAUUUCAUUUUCCUCACACAGCUUUGAACACAGCCUUUAAUUUGCAGGAGCAAACAACUUUCACCACAACUAAAACAAAUCAUCAGGAUAUUUCACAGGUUUAUACUCUUCACCUGAAACUGCAGCUGUGGGUUUUACAUCGACUCCUAUAAAUAGAUCCGAAACAGAAAGAAGCAGAGUGAUGUCACAAACCUGCAUCUACUAAAUGAUGAAUGAUUAUCAGGUUUUUGUGAUGCUUUUGGGAUAUUUUAUUUUAGCUUAUGAGAAGAACCAGGUCUGGGUCUCUGUGACUCCAGUUGAGGCAAAUAAACAGCAGAAAACUCCAUGAUAACUAAAAAAAUCUGUUGUUACAGUUUUAAUUGUUUUAUUUCUUCUGGAUUUUCUCUCUUGGUUAGGUUUGGAGAUAAGUCCUCUUUAGGUUUAAACCUGGUCUGCUCAUGUGAUUUCAUUAAAUCCGCCUCUUUUUCUGUGUGACUUUUCUUUUGACAGAACUAAGAAAAACUAAAACCAAACCAAACCUCCUCAAAGAUAAACAGCCUGUGUAAAACAGUCCGAGCGCUCCUCUUUUUUUAGUCUUUUUCCUGUUUGUAAAUAAAGUCCUUAGCCAGGAAAGUAGCUCCUUCAUUAAACUCUCUCGUUUGGUCCCAACUGCAGGUCGUGGAAAAGACCCGUUCUUCACCAACACUUUCCAUGACUCACGAGGAUCGCCUGUUCCAGGGCCUCAGGGUCCUCCUGGGCCGAUUGGUGAGUCUCUAGUCAUGUCGUGUGGUACAGAGUGUGUUUGUGUUGAGUUUUCUUGUGAUGGACAGAUAUUUCAAAACCCCCAAGCAAACACAGAAAGAGGAGAAAACCAAUGAUUUUAUUAUUUUGAAACACUGUGAUGUUAUUGUGAUUCAGAUUUCACAGUCAGACGUUGUUUGAUCACUCUGUCUCAUUUUGCUUCUGUCAGUUUUGUAGAUUUAAACACAAAAAUAUUCUCUUACAACCAAACACAAAACAACAAAUCCACACACUGAGAGCUGCUCAAUAUCUUGUCAUAAACAUUUACAGUUGAAAUGCAGGAGUCGGGUUGAAACCAAAAUUUAAAAACCUGGAACAAAAAUAAUUAUUUUGAUAUCCUGCACAGGUCCCCCAGGUCCUAGAGGCCCAGUAGGACCUUCUGGCCCAUCAGGACAGAAUGUAAGUAUGCUAACAGCUCAUCGCUGCACUGAGAGACCAUAUUAAAGGGAUAUUCAGGCGUAAAAUUAAUUAAGGGUCAAACACCAUAACACCGAGUUAGACACCCUCUCGAGAGAUGAAUGUUGUUGACUGCUUGCUUCUCUAGUUAAACCAACUUUAGUAACAACCGAAGGAUAGCAAAACACAGAGCCAUGCACUCAACGAAAACGCCACUCUAUAGCCACAAAUAAUGUUCAGAACAGCACCUAACUUCAUUAACAGGACAUAUAGGAUCCCAGCUAUAGUACUAGACACCAAACAUUGUUUUAACUUUGUUUAAUUUCUUUAGCAAAGAGACUAAACACAACUCACCGUCUCUCUUCCAGCAGCCGCUUGUUUGUACAGAGACCUCGGACGAUUCCAUCACCGACUACAGUGGGGUGACACAGCUCAAGGAAAAACAUUUAUGAUCAUUUCUUUAUCAUUUCCUUUAAGUAAUAAUCACCAUAUUAAUCAUUUUGCACUGCAGACACGGUAGUUCUUCUGCUUUAGUGUCUCAGUCUGAUUGCAUUUCCAUGAAGAAAUGAUCAUAAAUGUUCUUCCUUGAGCUGCGUCACCCUGCUGUAGUCGGUGAUGGAAUCGUCUGAGGUCUUCCUACAAAUGAGCGGCUGCUGGAAGAGAGUAGGUGAGUUGUGUUUAGUCUCUUUGCUGAAGAAAUUAGGCAAAAUUAAAAAGAUGUUUGGUGUCUAGUACUAUGGCUAGGACCCUAGCCUAUGUUCUUGUUGAUGAAGUUAGGUGCUGUUCUGAACAUUAUUUGUGGCUAUAGAGUGGUGUUUUAGUUGAGGUUUGUUAAUGGCUCCUUAGACCGCUGUGAAUUGCUAUCAUACGGUUGUUAAUAAAGUUGGUUAUAACCAGAGUAGUAAGCAAUCGGAAACAUUCAUCUCGCGAGGGGGUGUCUACCUUGGUGUUACGGUGUGUUUGACCCUAAAUUAAUUUUACACCGGAAUAUCCCUUUAAGUAUAAGUUAUACAAAAUACAAAUUUAUCAUUGUCAUUUAAUGUUUCUUUUGACGUUUCAGGGAAAACCAGGAGCUCCUGGAGUGCAGGGCCCUGUGGGGCCAAAAGGAGAACGUGGGGAGAGAGUGAGUACACUCAGAGCGUCAUAAUAUUUAUCAGGACUCAUUUAUUUAUUUAUUUUACACACCUGAAAAACUGUGUGUAAUGUGCCUUUUGGUUUUUAGGGUCCUCUAGGUUACCCAGGAGAGAGGGGCUUCAGAGGCGAGCCGGUAAGCUGCCUCCAGGACUAUGAUCUGAGUGUGUGAGAGUUUUCAGGGAAGCAUCAACACAUGUCAUGGCUGGUUAUUUUACUGUAAACUACACUACCCAGCAGCACCACAAACCGCUCUGAAUCACGAAGAAUGAGAUGUAUCUGCAGGAGUAAACUGAAGAUUUGUUUUCAUUAGCUUUUCUUUUAACUCUGUUGUUGAUACUUCUUCCCAGGGAGCACCGGGUCCAAAAGGAGAGCCGGGAGAGAAGGGCUUACCGGUAAGAGCAGUCAGUAAAUCAGACUUCACAUGUUCCUCACAGGGCAUGGACUGUGAAGUAUAUCUGAAAAGUUUAAGAUUCCAUUUUUGGGCAUUAAGUACUUCCUCUGUGUCUGUCUAACCCUUAUUUUUCUCGCUUCUUUUACAUUUUACAAGAGCAAUCUAAAUGUAAGAUCUUUUCAUUUAAGUCAUCACGUGUUCACUUUGUAAUUCAGUAACCGUAAAGUAGUCUAACCAUGAUCCACCUCUCUGGUUAUGGUUAUGAUCUUUUUACAGUCACCCUGUUUGUGGAUGAGUCCCUCUCUCUUUCUCUCUUUCUACUCCAUAUUCUUCUACCAGAGUGUCUAUUUUACUGUUUUAUGACAUUGUUGUUAUUGUUGGUUUAUAUUUGACUUUGGUGGUUUAUGUGUCUGUUGUGUUUUUGUGUGUGAAACCUUUAAUGUGUUUUUGUUUUUAUUGGUCUUUGGGGUGUGCUCUGGACUGCUGUCCCCUGUACCGACACUGUCCUCUUGACCCUAAAGCUGUCUGACUCCCUCUGCAAGCUACUGUCCCCAUGGCUACCUUUCACAGUCACCUUUUCAGCAUCCCAGUUUGGCAUAUACAUGAAAUCAAACUAAACUGAUCAUGCUACAACACUGUACACCAGCUCUGGUAACUAAAAAGUGAUAUUAAAAACCAUUCAGGACGACUUUUGGCUCAAAACAUGAUCUCUUUUAACGGCAGUGAGAUAAAUGUAUAUGCCAAAUCACUCCAUAUGUUUCAGUGGGGGGUUGUGUUGGGUUUAGGAUAUUGUGCUAUGAUGUGAGUGGAGUGGAUACAGCUAUCCCCCUCUGUCCCACAACUUUGCAUGAUUUUCUUUUUCGAGCACUGCACCAUGAAAACUUUCUUUCCUAAAUGCAAAAAAAACAAUUACAGAAGUUUCUAAAUAGUGACAUAACAGUGAUGAUGAGACAGAAAAAAAGGCAAAGUACCUCCUCCGUUAAUGGAUUCGUUCUCUUCAAUUAAGACUCGAGAGAUUGAGAGUCAUGCUCGCCUUUCUGUAACGUCAGCGUUUAUGUUCGAAAUGACUGUUCGCUUGCAGAUUUUUGCAGAUACGCUCACUGACUUCAUCUUUUAAGUUUAGAUUCUCAGCAUGCCAAAAUUUUUCUAAUUAAAAAUCAGCAACUUUGAUACGCUCAGAUACGGAUUUUGCUGAUGUGCCAAAUAUAAGAAGUCAGGGAAUCCAUGCUCUGGACAUGAGUGUGUAACAGCGUAGUUGUGGCUUGCAUGGCUAAAAAUAAAGAGUUUUUUCACGACGGAGGGAAACUUUGCCUUAUUUCAUCAAUCAUCAACUAUGUCCUUUGUUUGACUUACUAAUGAGAACCUAAAAAAGUGGGAGUAACUCGCCCCGGCAUCAAAGCUUCUGCUUUCCCCUGCAUGUUGUAUUAUGUGAUGGUCUGCUUACUUCUCUUUUUAACUCCUUUCGUCAUUUUUUAAGGUAUGAUCUAGGAGUCUUAAAAAAACUACCUCUCAGUCUGCAGUAGCUGCCUUUCAUGGGUAACUUAGAGUGAAAGCUGUGGUUCUGUUAAAGAAACACUCGCCUAGCUUCACUGCAACCCGACAACAGGAAUGCAGACGGCAUGAUUUAGUUGAUCAAUCUGCGGACAUUAAUUAUUAAACCCAGCUGUGUUAUGUCCUCAAUGUGAGGCCUGAUUGUGAUGUGCAUGCUGAUGCUGCCCAGCCCAGCAUGGCAGAGACUGACUCCGUCUAGCAGCAUGGUCAGAGAUUGAAGGAGAAACAGAGACAUACAGGAGGAAGAUAUGUCUGAGAGCGCUGGGCAGAUCUGUGGAUUGUUUUUAACCUUCUAACUCCUGAAGUGUAUUGACAGAAGAGAAAAUGACUUGCAUCUUGGCGUGCGAUUCUCUGGCUUGUGCUCCUUACCUUGACGGCUGUAUCUAUCUUCACAGGGGGACGGGAUACAUCAGAUCAGAGAGGCGCUGAAGAUCUUAGCCGAGAGGGUUUUAAUCCUCGAGACUAUGAUCGGUAUUCAUGGUGAGUAGGAGGCCUGAGGCAGGGUCAGCUUUAGGCAGGGGGUUAAAGGUGGGGGUAGGUGGUCUUAAACUCCCACUCCUGUACAGUCACGAGCAGCCCCAGGACUCAGGCUGGUGUUUCCAACCCCUCACAAAGUCCCCCUCCCCCCCUGUCACUGCUCUCUGAUAGGACAUUAGCUUGCAGAUGUUCCACGACUUGCAGGCAGACCUUGAGCUUCUGGCUCGCAGGGUGACGCUGCUGGAGGCGAUCAUCUGGCCAGGUAACACUGAGACUUCCUCACCCUUAGCUCUGAAGGCCCUCACUCACCUUUUCGACAAGAUCUAGAAAGUGCUGAUAGAGUUUAAGAAGCUUUCAAAUACUGAUUUACACUUGUCACUGUUAGAUUUUGAUCCCCACACUUUAGAAAUGUGAACUGUAUAAUAUGAUGACAGCAGCACUAUAUUCAUGAAUACAUAUUUACCCAUAAAUGCUUCUGGCUGUGGCAAACAUGGUCGAUCUAUUUUGCCAAAGCUUGGACAUUUUCACUUAUUUCACAAGUUAUUUCCUGAUAUGUGUAUUUUUUUCUGGGCUCUUGCUAAUCUUUAUAAGUUCAGUUAUUAAAGGAAACAUGUAAUCACAACACUUCAACCAAAUCAGCAACAUUGAAAUAAAUUUGGUCUGUGAUAAUUCAAUAAUUGUUGAUCGAAUCAUGUCAAACUCUGCAGCUGCACUCACUUAAAUCGCUCACUUUUGGUGUUUCAACUUGUAAUUAACUUAAAGGGAUAGUUCCAUCUUUUUAAUGGGGUUGUAUAAGGUAUUAAACUGAUUUAAUAAAUGACACCUAAUUUUUUUUAAAGCUUUAAUUGUUGUCAUUAAGAACAUACUGAGAUGCUUUGUUGGGUUAAUGGAUGUUUAAUGGAUGUUUAGUAUGAAAGUCCUGCUAGAAGGGCUGCAAAACAGAUCCAUAUCAUGAGACAAAUUAUCAACAGACUAUUUUAAUUAAUUGCUAAGAUGAAAAUAUGCUAAUCGUCUAUUUUUGCUGCACCAAAGUGUGCAUUUGGGCAUGCAUCAAAAUUCCACUUUAUUGGACCUGACAGGUGCACCUAUCUAAUGACAUUUUUGUACACAAGACAACUGAAAUUGAUCAUUGCAGCCCUUCUAGCGCACCGAAUCAAACACUGACAGGUCUGAUCAAUUCUUUUACAUUCUCACUCAGUGGUGGUUUAUUAAGAUUAUAACAGAGAAAGUGGGGCAGCCUCCAGGUCAGCCGCUACAUCACUAUGUUAAGACACACACACACACACACACACACACAGAGUGAUGGACAGGGAGGCCCCGUUCCAACUGCUGUCUCUCUUCAACAGAGCCUGAUCUAGGGUCUGGGGACGGACCGUUUGGCACAGCCUCCCCUAGUUUCUACAGAGAUAAGCGAGCAGGUGCACUUCCAUAUCGACUCGCUUCUCCCCUGUCCUCCGACACCAAGGUUCGAGGGAAGUAGCUCCCCCCUUUCCCCUUCUCCGCUCACUCUGAGGAUCACAGGCUGGGUUGACUCCCCCCCCUAAAGCGCUCAUCAGUACUCGACAGAUUAAGACCUUCUCUGACAACUUUUCUAGGCUUGACUGUCAGAUUUAGGAUGGGGGACACCUCAGGGAAACUCCACUGAUACUCCACAAUCCUCCUCCCCAGGACCCCGAGAACUAGUUUGACCCCCCCACUCAUCGCUUUAACUGAACACUUAAACAAAACACUCAGCAGCUCCUUUUGUGUCUCAGUUAUUUGGCCACAGCGCUGUAUUCUCAAAUUAAAAAUGUUCAUGUGCGAAAAAAAAGGAAAAUCUGAAUCUUCUAUGGUGCUCCUCGAGUCUCAAACAGCUCUGGAUAAUAAGGGUCUUUUAGAGUAAUCAAUUGAAGGAGGAAUCAGAUGUGUGGAGACAGACUGGAUUUUAGUUUGUAUUGCUUUCACAUUGUAUGUAACUUCAAUCUGAAGAAAUUCCACUAUUUAAAUAUAUUGUGCAUGUACAGUUUGCAGGAUACAAGUACACAAACAAACCUCUCCUCGUAGUAUUCAUUUUUGUUAUACCUUUAUCAUAUUGUUUAACUCAAUGUUACGUAGUGCACUAAGAAGAUGAAGUCAUCUCCACGUUUACUGAGAUAUGUGUUGCUACCAGUGUAAGUAGUUUUCUGAUGGAAGUGUUUCCCCCUUAAAAUACACAAUGAUAAAGUGAUUUACUAGACUUAGGUAUAUUUACAUUUACUCUGUGCGGCAAAAAAAGCACAAACAUAUGAAAAUUGGUUGAAUGUGAACAUUAAAAAUCAUAUGUACAAACAAACAAAACAACUCUUGUGCCAGCUGACUGUCCAUUUUUAGAUUGUCAACACACACACUCAGAGGAAAUAACCAACCUGUUACGGGAACUUGAACAUAUUUUACCACUGCUGUGCUGGUAAACUGCUUAAACUGUCCUGAUGAAAAGACUUGACGUGUGUUUUUUCAUCUUAUAUCAAACGUAUUGUGAAACUAUUUAAAAGUCAUCAUUGUUAGUUUAUUUUGUAUGCUGUUGUGUAACCAUUCAUAUUUCAAGCUUUUUUGUGCAAAUGUGUUAUUGUGGUAAGAUAAUCCUGUCUCAAUAAUUAAUGUAAUAAAAUGAUGUUCACUGUUUUUUUACAUGGUGUCUUUUUUCAUUUGUAAUGUCAUCCCUCCUCUCUGGUGUACAUCUAAUGAUACAGAAAAAAAAUGAUGUAUUUCAGCCUGUCUUCACACUUGAUGAUUUAAAUACUUGUAAAAGAAGCCCACAGGGAAAGUCUUACAUUGACGCUCAGCAAAACCCAAGCAUUAUCUCCAGUGUACUGCAAACAGUCCUCCGAUCCAUGGCUGUGAUGCCAACUAUGUACUCUGAGGCGGCUGUGGCGUCUUUCCUUUAGAUAUCACUACAGCCUGUUCUCCAAUGCUGUCAUCAAUGAGCAGAGAAAUGGCGCCAUCUAGCUGUUUGGAGGCUGCCAAUGCCACUACAGCCUUCUCUGUAGGGAAGCCCAUCUUCUCCAACUGCUGCAGUCUAAAAGAGGGGACACUUUCAGUCAAGUAAAGUAUUAUCAACCAAAACUCUUAAAUACAGGACAUGGGAAAGUAUGGGAAAACUUUGAUUAAAUUAUUACAAACCGCAGAGAAGACACGGAUGAUUUAGGGACCUCCACUUUCGCAUCAGGAUUGUCAGGUGCAUCCUGUAAUGAGGCCAGUAUUCCUGCUCUCAGCAUCUGCUCCUCCAACACAUCAGCCUCGGAUUGUGCAGCAGACUCUGCCAUUGCCCAGGCAGGCGCAGGAUACUCAUGUGGGUGGUGAUUAAAAAAAGAGGGAUCUCUCACAGGAGGAGCUGCAGCCUGGUCUACAGACACCAUCCGAGGGCACGAUCUAGAUGUGUGACGAAAGAUGAAGUUAAAUUACAAAAUCAACCACUAUCAUGCAUGCAACUGGUUCGAGUGAAUAUUUAGAUAGAAACAAAACUCACUGCACCUCUUUGAGGUAGAAUAAGUGGGUAAUCUUAGCCCGGAUGAUACUGAAAUAUAUGCCCAAUUAGGGAUGCGGUCCAAGACCCUGAACCCCUCUAACUCCUGUAACGUCACGAUGAAUGGCUGAUGAUCUGAGAGGAUGAUUAAGGAUCUUAAAAAACACAACUUGAUUUCUGAACAUUUGUUAUAUUCAUAAAGGAAGAUGCUUUACUACAAACCUGAAAGGAGAGAUUUACCCUGUGCAACAUACAAACAUAAAAACAUUCUUUUCGUACCUUUAAAUUAGGGCUGGGUGAUAAAACGAUAAUGAUACAUAUUGAAAAUUAAUUUCCCUCAAUAUCAAUAUAAAACAUGGUCAAUAUCCUUUUCAAUAGGCGACAUUCUGCCAUGUUUUGGUAGACUAUAUGAAUAGCCAGUAAAAAGGGGAGUUGCUCCAAUCUGAAUUAGAACCAAGUAGCAACAACUGCGUAGUAGCAGGCUGCAGCUACACGCAACCAUAACACUUUAACAAAUGAAGCUGAUAGCACUGUUGGUGAAAAAAAAAAAGAAAAUGAGUGCUACUCCUGACAGAAAUGUAGAUGAAGGCUCAACAGAUGACGACAUCAUCGACAACACUGGUACAAAAAUGUCGAUGGUGUAGAAGUAUUUUGUUUUUUGAGGUCGGACAUGAAGCAGAGUAAUGUGGACUGCAAAUUAUGUCGAGAACAUGUUCUUGCAAAGUCAAGGAAUACCUCAAAUCUUUUUCACCACCUGAAGCAGUGUCAUGCAGCAGAGCAUGCACAACGCAAAAGACCUCACAGAUGCAGUAGCUUAUUGUAUUGCAAAAGACAUGCUACCAAUAAGCACUGUUAAAUUUAUUUUUUUAUCAUGAUAUAUAUCUAUAUCGACAUACUUUAAUUGUAAAAAGGUCGUCACUUGUCUUCAGUGACUGCAGAUUCCGCUUUUUAAAGUUUUACCGUGUACUUAUUUGGGCCACUUGUCCAAGCACUGUUGAAAAAUAAACAUGCUUCCAGAUAAGAUUGUUAAUCCAAUAGGAAAGGAUACAGUUGUGUCCAAUGCAAAUAGUGCAGAAGUGAAGCAGGGCAGGUGUCCCAGGCAGCAGCAGCAAACCAAUCAGCAAGAGGAGCCAGGGGAGAAACCAGACAGGUAAACACCUCAGCAGCCUCC